AGAUAUACAAUGCAUUUUUCAUUCUGAAAGGAAGACAUGUGAUGAAUGGACUAUAAAGCCAUACUUGCAAACUGUCACAAUUCUAGCAGGUGAGUCCUGAUUUUGAAACUCCUAUCCAUUUGCCCCGAUUUUUUUUUUUUUUUACUUUUCGAGAAUUGCAUCACUUCCCCUCUUAGCCAAGUUUCAUAUUUGCUAAUGUUGGUAAGUAUUCUAGAAUUACUGAAUGGAAUUGCAAAUUGAAGACCAAACUCCAUUUUUCUCUAGGAGCCAGAAUUUUGCCUUAAUACAAGAAGCUACAGCUGCAGACAGUGUUGGAAUACAAAAUGUUAGAUAUGAACACAGCAUUACAACAGAUACAAAAUAUAAUUGGAAGCAUUUCUGCUCUUUGAACUACUUAAAUAGUCACUAUAAUUGUAUACAGUCACCAUUUUAAAAUGUUUUGAUUUAAUCUAAACACAUAUGGGUGUAUUGCACACAUUUUUGCAGCAAUAUAAAUACAGCGAAGGGAUUUAAUUCAAUUUAAUUGCUACAUUCCAAGAUAUCUGGUAAUUCCAUUGGAUCAUCCCCCUUUAAUUUAAAACCAGAUGGAAAUGAAGACACUCACAGCUGAGGCUCUGGAUAAUAACAUGUCAGUACAGUCCCUAAUUAAGCAUUGAUCUGCUAUGUCUCUUUAUCCCUUGUGUCAGAUAAUAGAUUGCUGUAGAUUGAAGGAAGCUGUAUUGUUGGCCAAGCUCUGGACAAUUCUAACCAAUCAGUGAGAGAGCUCUGUGUGCACACUGCUUAAAAACCACAGCACAAAGAGCGCUAUUCACUAAAUAGUGAAACACAACCAAAUUUGAAUCGAUAGACCGGAUUUGGAAAUUAUUUUUGACAUGGCUAGAUCGGGUAUUAUUUUGGUAUUAUAGAUUGUAAUUUUUUAGCAUAUAUAGAACCCUAUUUUAUGUAGAUAGAGAAUAGAAGUAACCAGUGAUUUAUAACUAUGAGUUAUUAUACUAAAGGGUACAGAGUUUAUAAGAGAAUUGCAGAAUUUUAGGAACAAAAUGACUGAUUUGGAAAAUUUCACCACCUUUGUUACUAUUCCAGUUUGGCUACAUUGGCCUAAUGUUUUCUAUUCACUUUUCAAUUCUCCAUGAUAUCUGGUUAAGUGAAUGUCUGGGUUCAUUUUUUUUUUUUUUUUAUCUUUGACAAUUUUUAUUGAAGUUUUAUAGGGGUACAGAAGAGAAUAGGGGGUGGGGGAGCAGUGGUAACGUAAAGUAUCUCAUACACAUUGACCUUAGGACAGUGUACACAUUUAUCAUACACAGUUUGCUUUUCAUACGAUCAUUGUGUUAUAUCGUGAUGCCCUGAUUGGGUCUGCUGAUUAUUGUCCACCCCAUGCCCUGAGGGGGGGGGGGGCUCACAUCGGUCCCUUCCAGGGUGGUAAUCGACUGGGUUUGUGAUUGAUGUUGGGUGUAGAGCUUUGGUAUUUCAUAUACCACUGGGGUGGGGGGUGAACCGUGGAAGAGGAUCAGAGUGGGGACGGAAGGGAGGGGGGGGAUGAAGGGGGGAGGAGAAAGGAGGGGGGGAGAGGGUAGGGCUCUCCUAGGUAGUCGGCUGUGUGUGGUCGUUUCUGCAGGACUAUCUGUCUUACAUGUGUUUUAUUCGAGUUGCGGCAUUAUCGUUGUGUUUGCAGUCUCCAGAAUUAUUUACAUUUUCAUUUACAGUUGCUUUGACCUUUACAUUUACACCCUUUGCUACAGUUUCGUUGUCGAAGGGGCACAGCUGUCGGUGUGUAGAUCCCUGCUACCGUCAUCUCAAUUGGGGGUUAUAUUAUUAGUACGCUCCAUGUACAGUUGCCAGGUUUCCCAGGCUUGUGACCAAACUUUUUUGGAGUGGUUUGAGCGUCUAGCUGCCAGCUCGUAGAGCUUAGUUGUUUCUAUCGUUUGUAUGCAUUCUGAUAUUUUGGGUGGGAUAUUAGAUUUCCAAUGUCUGCUAAUGACCGUGAGCGCGGCUAUAAGUAUGUGAUAGAUUAAGUAUUUUUGCCUGCUCCGCAGCCCCUUUGGAAAGAGGUGGAGGAGGUAUAUUUCUGGUUUGCGGGGUAGUAGUGUUUUUGUGCUGUCUUGGAUAAUGGUGGUUAUGGUAUUCCAGUAGGGUGUUAAGGAGGGGCAUUCCCACCAAAUGUGGAGCAUUGUGCCCUUGUGUUGUUGACAUCUCCAACAGAUAUCGGAGGCCUGUGGAUAGGUGGCCUUUAGGCGUGUGGGUACUAGGUACCACCGGUAUAAAAUUUUCCGGGAUAGUUCCAUGUGGGAGGCACAUUUGGAGAGUGAAUUGUGUGCCAGGAGAAUCUCAUUCCAUUGUUUUUCACCAAGAGUGUACGUAAGUUCCCUCUCCCAUGCAGCUAUGAAGGAGAGGUUUUUGUGGUCUUUUGGGGGAUGCAUAGUCUGGUAUAGUUCCGAGAUGAGUUUUUUGGGGGUUGCGAGACGUGAGCAUAUUUUCUCUACCACCGUCAGCUGUAGCCCCUGUACAUUGUCAGGUCUUGUUAUAGUUUGCUUGCGGAGCCAUGAUUGCAACUGCAUGUAGGGGAAAGCUGCCCUUGGAGUCAAAUUAUAACAUGCUGUUAGGUCUGCGAGAUUUCUGAGCUUGUUUUCCUGGAGCAGCUGGUGUAAGUGUGUUACUCCGUGCUGAUGCCAUACGGUAUAGUUAAAAUUAGGUAUUAUAUAGUGUAGUGUUUGUAUGGGCAUGGCAGGCGAUAUUUUGCCCAGCCAGCCCAAUGUGCGGCAGUACUUGUCCCAUAUGGUCAGGGUGAGGGCUGUGGUUGGGAGCAAUUUUGCCUUAGUAGGCCUGCUGUGCUGGGGAAGCCAUGCCAGUACAUUGAUGGGAAUGUUAUUAGCAUGCUGCGCCUCCAGUUCCAUCCAUUGGGUUGGGUGGUCUCGAUGGCAAGCCGCUAGUAGGGGGCCCAGAAUGGCUGCUCUGUAGUAACUGUCUAGGUUGGGCACUCCCAUUCCCCCAUUUUUGCGUGGCAUGUAUAGCGUGCUUUUCGCUACCCGUGCUUUUUGUCUGUCCCAUAUAAAGGUUAGUAGUGUUUGUUGAGCAUCUCGUAUGAAUGUGGGGGGUAUCUUUAUGGGUAACGUUCUAAACAAGUAUUGCAAUUUAGGUACAAUGAUCAUUUUAAUUGCGGCAAUUCUCCCUGACCAAGAUACGAAUUUACUCUUCCAUCCUAGUAGUAGGUUUUUUAUUUCAGUCAGUGUUUUUUGAUAGUUUAUUUUAAAAAGGUUUGCUAGAUUUGGGGUGAGAUUGAUUCCUAGGAAUUUUAGAUGGUCGUUUCGCCAGUCGUAUUUAAAAGAGAUACGCAACCUAUCCAAGACCUCCAUCGGGAUAUUUAUGCCCAUUGCUUGAGUUUUAUUUAUAUUAAGUUUAUAAUAGGAGCACUUGCUGUAUUGGGUGAGCGUAUCGUGGAAGUUAGGUAGGGAUAUGUGUGGUUGCUCGAGUGUUAAGAGGAUGUCGUCUGCAAAAAGUGUGAGUUUGUGUUCUUUGCCUUGUCUCGUAAUGCCGUGUAUGUUUGGGUUGUCCCUAAUGAGUUGCGUGAGAGGUUCUAGCGAGAGAAUAUAAAGGAGAGGCGAUAGUGGGCAGCCCUGUCUUGACCCGUUGGUUAUGUGGAAUUGUUUAGAGCUGAAGCCCCCAUUGGUGACUUUCGCUGUCGGUUUAGAGUAUAAUGCCUUUACUAACCGUAAGAAAGUGUCUGGGAAGCCAUAUUUGAUCAGAACAGCUUGGAGGAAGGGCCAAUGCAAUCUGUCGAAGGCUUUUUCAGCGUCAAGUGACAGCAUAACGCACUGGGCCCCCCCUCCGCUUCCUCCCUGUAGUAGGUCCAAGAUCUUUCGGGUUCCGUCCGCUCCUUGCCUACCACUAACAAAUCCCACCUGGUCCUCGUGUACCAGGGUCGGGAUAAUGUUCUUUAAUCUGUUAGAGAAAAUUUUUGCCAGUAAUUUGAUGUCCGUGUUAAGGAGGGAGAUUGGUCUUAGAUUUUGGCAUUUGUUAGGUGGUUUGCCUGGUUUUGGCAAUGUAGCCACAUGUGCCAUGAGCAUGUCUUGGGGCACUUGGCCCGUCGUGAGGAUAUGGUUAAAGGUUUUGUCCAGAUAUGGGGUUAGGAUUGUGGUCAUUGUCUUGUAGUAGGAGUUUGUGAGUCCGUCGGGUCCCGGUGAUUUGCCAUGGGGGAGUGAGUGUAUAGCUUGUUGUAUUUCUUCUUGUGUGACUGGGUGUUGUAGGAUAGUUUUCUGGUGUUCCGUCAGUGUUGGCAGCGAGAACUGUCCAAGUAGAUUUUGAAUGUCUUGGGAUGUGGGUUGAUGUAGUGUGGGGUCUUCUUUGAGGUUGUAUAAUGAGUGGUAAUAGUCUGCCAUAGUAUCAUUAAUAUCUUGUGGGUUGUGGAUUUUAGAGCCUUGGGAGGUGAGCAGAUAGGGGAUUUUUGCAUUGGAUUGUUUUUGGCGUAGUAAAGUCGCUAGAUUCCUGCCUGCUUUGUUUCCUUGUGAGUAGGUUUUUUGUUUCAGCUUAUGUAAAAUGUGUGCUGUUUUAGAGAUUGCCAUGUUGUUGAUACUCGUCGUAGUAUCAUGGAUCGUCUGUGCUAGUUGUGGUGAUGGGUCUACUAUGUUUGCCGCUGUUGCGUCUCUUAAAGUGCGCAGCAGGUGUAGGUGGUCUGGGUUCAUUUUUUAACAAAACCAAUGUCUUUUUGUUGUCUCAAAGGGUCGUCUUAAUGAAGUGGUUAUUUAGCAAUUUUUUAAAAAAAAUAUUAAACUCAGAAUAAAAAGAACAUUAUUCAUUUAUUUUAUUUUAUUAUUUUGCUGUGUGUAGGGACACCUCCUUGACUGUCAAUCAACCAGUUGGAAUAUUUUCUUCCUAGAUGAAAAUAUCAGCUGUGUACAACUUUUACAACUCUUGUAAGCAUACACAGCACUGACUCCAUGCUAACCCCAGAUGCCUUGGACGGGCUGCAGAUGGCUGGGUGGGUUAAACACACACUGUCGAGGCUCAUACUGCCUAGUUCUCAAACAAAUUAACACUGUGAUAAAGAAAUAAUAUAAAUCGGUUAUAGUUUUCUACCUCUGUCCUUCCUAAAAUUCCUUUUAGGCUCAACCAACCACUUAUGUGGACAGGGCCGUUUGAAGGAAUUUUGGGGCCCAAAGCAAAAUGGACAUAGAGGCCCCCCCACCCACCCCUUGCCCCCCUCACGCACACAAAGCCUACAGGAACCACAGCAUAGCCAUACAGUUUAAGUUCACUCACACUUAAUAUAAAUAAAAAAGGUUUACAGUGCAAAUACUGCUUAGAGCUCUGCCCUGCCCCUUAGUGGUCUUUCCUCUCCCCCCCCCCCCCCUACCAGUCUCUUCUCACCCCCAUAUUCUCCUCACCCCUUCCCUGUGUUUUCCUCAUCUCCUCAUCCCCCUCUCCUUGUGUUCUUCUUACUCCUCCGCCCAUGUUCUUCUUACUACUCCCCCCUCCCUAUGUUCUUCUUUUUUUUUUUGUUCAAUUCUUUUUAUUAGAUUUUUUUUUUUUAAUAUUGAAUACAAGAAAAAGUGGCUUUAAAAUAGCCCAAUACAUACAAUACAAACAAAAUCCGAUAGAUACAUUUUACGACAGAGUUGACCUUAAGUAUUGAUCCUACCACUCCACUAGAGUUUAGUAAAAAUAUUUUCCUUUACAUGAAAUUCAUGUGACAUUCUCAAUUACACAAGAUCAACAUAUAGCUAUAUCUUCAUCAGAAAACAAUCAAUCAACAACACAUUCAUUCUACCUCGGUUUCGGUCUUAUAUUAUUGUUAUGGUAAGAGCACUAACUUGGUUAAAUUCUAUCAUCAAUUUAUGUUGAACAAUAAACAGUGGGCAGGAUCAAAAACCAAGAAAAGAAAGAAACAAAAGAAAAUACAAAAAAAUAAUAAAGAGGCUCACAAUACCCUUACAUUAAAUCCUUAUAUCAAAAGGACCAAACAGUAUGUCUUAGACCAUACUUCUAUUUUAGCUUGGUUUUGGAACACCUCCUUAGCCAUAAGCUAAAAUAGGCCCCUUAUCACAUGUAGCCCUUCCACCUGAGUUCUGUCCAAUAUCAUUGACAUAUAAAUCUGGAUGCCUCAAAACACUUUUAUCUCUUGGAUCAAGGUCCGAUAAAAAUCAAGAAAUUUACGGGAGGCAUCAGGGUUAUUAAAUAUCACUCCUGAUUCCAUCUCCUAUGUUCUUCUUACUCCCCUCCCAUCAUCCCUGUGUCCUUCUUACUCCACCCCCCUUUCCCUGUGUCCUUCUUACUCCCCCCUCCCCCUCCCUGUGUCCUUCUUACUCCCCUCUCCACCUCCCUGUGUCCUUCUUACUCCCUUCCCCUUCCCUGUGUCCUUCUCCCCCUCCCCUUCCCUGUGUCCUUCUUACUCCCCUCCCUUCCCUGUGUCCUUCUUACUCCCUCCCACCCUCCCUGUGUCCUUCUUACUCCCCUCCCUUCCUGUGUCCUUCUUACUUCCCUCCCCCUCCCUGUGUCCUUCUUACCCCCCUCCCUAUGUUCUUUUUACUCCCCCCUUAUGGUUUUUUUUACUCCCCCCCCUCUCCCUAAGAAUGUUAAGCCACAACAGCUUUAUCUAGCAAGUUAUUAUUUUAAUGAACACAUAAAAAUAAAUGUUUAAAAUUAGUACUUGAACUAAUACCUUAAAGCAUGAUUAAAAAAAAAAUGAUUAAAAAUUUUGUACAAAUUCCUAAAUCUGAAUAACAUUUAAUAAAUAAGACUACCCAUCUCUAUGAGAAGCUUUGGAUAGGAGAUUUGUCCUAUUAAGAUAAUUUUUCAUGGCUUGUGAAAUAUUUGUACAUGUUUUAGUAAAUGCCUUUGAGGAAUUUUUAAUAAAGAAGUAAGAAUUAUUAUUGAUAUCCACCAAUUACUAAGAUAUGGAGUCUCUUGCUUUACCACAAACCUCUGGUGAGCUGUGUUGGGUUGACCUCUGGUUUUGUCUCUUCUAAUUGUUGACUUAAUUUAUAAAUAUAUAUAUUUUGGAAACUCAUGACCUUUUUAAUGUGUUAUUACAAUCUAGAAAUAGGUAAGUUUAGCAGUCUGGACUUUUGUGUUGUAAUCUCUUUAAGUCUGCAGGAAAUAUUGAUUGUAUUGACAGACAGGAAAUGACUGUUUUUUAUUAAGAAAUUGGUUCUUUUUUUAGGACUGGAUGCGGCCAUGACAGAUAAGCGAUUAUUGUUGUUGUUAAGCGAUGUGUAAACUACACUUUCCCACUGCGUGUUUUGUUAUACUGUACAGUAAUGUACAUUAUAAGAAAAACUGUGCAGCUAUUUUAUGUAUUAAAAACACAGGUUUAUUAGCAAAUCCCUGAAUAUACCCUGGAUUUGCUAAAUCUGUUGAUAAUUCCCAAAUUGUCUCCAUUAUUAAAAUUCUGAUAUUUACUAAAGACAAUAGGGAGUUAUUUGGGGAUACUCACUGCUGAAGCAGUCUUGGGCUACAUGGUGCACAUUUAGAGUCAAUAUGGAAUUCACCACCGGUAUAUUAAUUAGUAAAUUACAGAUGACAGUAAAUCUAGUGAAAAACAAACAUUCAUAUUGUAUACCUUUGCUGUUCUAGAAAAUCAAUUUUCCAAAUUUCCGAUGGGGCCUACUAGGCAUUUGCCCACAAUGAUGGUGCCACAAAAAGUAAAUCUAGUGAUUUCUAGUGCCCCGUGUUCCAAUCAAUAAGUGACAAUGAUUAAGCCACAGUGUGUACAGCUGACAGAAUAUCUUAUGUAAAUGUCCAUCCUUAUCCAAAAUGGCCAUGCAUAAACUGAUGCAGGUGCCAAUCUAGGCCUACAGGAAUUAUUCUGUCAAGUCAGUUACAUUUUAACAUAAAUUUUAAAAUUCUCUUUGACAUCCCAUAAAAUCACACUUAAGUGUCUAAACUUGUAUAUCUGAUUGAUUAACAUGUUAUUUGGGCCCUUGAUGAGAAUAGCUAAUAGGGAUUUACUGCCUUGGAUUUCCCAGAAAUCUGCUAUGAAUUGAAUAUUGAUUGGCUAGGGUAUUCCUGUGUAGCUUAUAAUUUAUGAUCCUUCUUCUAACAUUAUAUGCAGAUCAUACCCUCUCUAUUUAAGGUUAUAUUUGAAUGACAAUCAGUAUUUACGUGUUUGGAUGCCACAGCCUAGUUACGGCUAUGAGUCCACUUCUCAUAUGCUUGACAGCCCUCACACUGUAGACAUAUAGCCAUUCACCUUGCAGCAUGAUCACAGAUACAUGACACCUACAUUUGCAGUCAAAUACAUGCAUAGAGCCUUGAUAAUGCAAAGAUUCACAUACAUAAAUACAUAGACACAUGCAAACAUACAGGUUUAUUUAUUGAAGUAAGAAUUCAAGGUAAAUUCCAAGUGAAUUUCCAGUUUAAUGCCAGAGGAGCUUAAUGGAAAGUAUAGUUGACUUGGAAUUCACCUUGGACUUAGCCUCUCACAUUACCAAAUAACAGUGAAAGACACACAAUCUCUCAUACACCGUCAUAUAUUAAUACACAAGCAAGGCCAAACAACCACAUAUAAUUACCUCUCCAUGUGUCUGACUUGAAUCUGACUUGUGUAAUAUGGAGCCCAGUGGUGGAGGUGAUGAUAACUAGCUAUCCAUCCAAAAUAUAUGUCCGGAGUAGGUUGGCACAGGCAUGACAUAUUACAGUGUAUGGACCAAAAGUCAUAUGAUCAUCUCUGCCACCACUGUGCCACAUAUUGCAGAGGACCCAACUGUGAAUCAGACAAGCAAACAUGUAAUUAAGUAUGGGAGGCACUACUGUGCCCUGGGCCUUAAACAGGGACUUCAAACAGACCACCAGUCCAGGGUCCUUGGGAAAUUUAAUUUCGAUCUGGAUGUGAGAACGGAAGGCAGAGUUAUUGCAUUUGUUGGUCUCUAAUAGUGGGGAAAUAGAAGAGCUGAGCUUCUACAUAAACUACUUCCAAGUGCCACUUCUAUGGACUGCAGUGUAACAGGCUUCUUUGUCAGCACUCUGUAUCCUGGUAUCUAAUUAGGCAGGCUGCUGUGUAGGGGUUUACGGGAUACCUGCAGACUCCAUAAAUAGAAUAAGAGACUCUUAAUUGGAAUGUCUGUCCCUGAUAAAGGAGAGUUCUGCUUGUAGCUGGAGACAAAACAACUAAACAGUGCAUCUGCAGGGAGCUUUACAGCUCAGUAACUUUAAAAAAAAAUCUUUCUUUUGUUUUAAUUAUUUGUGUAAAACAUUCCAAAAAGAGGGUAAUUUCUGCCUUAAGUAUUCAUGAUGGAAUCUGUCAGGAGCGUCUCUUACUUGCAGUUUGAGAUGUAGCCAUAGAUGGCACCAAAGUAGCAGCUAUGGAAGAAUUGCUUGGUAUAUUUGAAUUCAAUUCUACCAGGAUGAUUUUAAAGGGGACAUUACUCAGAUAAAAAAAGAAAAUCGUUAUAUUAUUCAAUAAUACAUAAAUGCAUUCUAUACUGUGCUUGUGUUUUGAUCAGCAGUUUUUGAAAUAUUUUUGAUAAGCAUAUUUCAAUCUACAAGCUGCAAUUAAAGCACACAUUACAACAAUGUAAAAAGACGAAUAAUACACAAAAAAUCUAGAAAAGGAAAUCAGGAGCAUUCUGGAAUAUAUCUAAUCAACAAAGACAAGAAACAUAAAUGUAAAUAAGUCAAAGUGUAUAAAUCUAUUUUGUGUUUGUAAAUGAUAAUAUCACAGAUCUGCAUAUUUUUUUUACAAUGCUGUAGUAAUGUAAAGCACUUUUAGGCAGCUGAUAAACACAGAGUAAUUUUUCAAGCAAACCAAAAUAGGAUAUUAUUUAUCGCAAUGUUCUAAAAAGUGCAGUUAAAUUCUAUCAUUAUUUUGAUCAGCUGCGUUCUGGUCAUAGGUACAGAGAAGGGGACGUAACAUAGAAAGUGGGGCAAUUUCAUGACAUAUCUCUACCUCAAUGUUAGUGUAAGGGGUCAUUGAGAUUGCUUUAGGGCUCAAGCCGCCAAAUGUUUCUUGAUAAAAUUAUUGGAUAUCCAUUCACUUUUUUACAUAUAAAGUAUACACUUUAUAUGGAGUCUACUCUGCUUUUCAUAGGUAGAUGACUCAAAAUAUUGUAUAUUUUGCAUUUCAAUCAUAAUUUAUUAUCUUAUUUUGAAAGCUCUGGAUGUGGGUUUUAUAGCCCCGGGCCUGGGCCUCUGCUGUUUGUGAAGGAGGAUGAGGACAUUAGUGUUUUUACUUCAUUUUUUUAAUUUUUCAAAAAAUUUCAAAGCAGCCGCCUAUUAUAAAAACAAUGAUUAGUAAUAAUACAGGCUAUUUAUAAAAACAAUAGUAUUAGUAAUAAUACAGGCUAUUUAAGAAGAGGUAGCAGUGACCCCAAGUAACAAGCAGGAAGUGGGUCUGGGGAACAGAACUUUGCUGCAUACCUCUCUAUUAGGUAGCAUACCUCAAUAUUAGGAAGCAUGGAGGGAUCACGUCAAAUACCUGGCCAUGCAGCAUGUGCUUGUUUCUGGCUAUGCUCUCAUUGAGAUUCAAGAAAGCAGCAGCACACAAUUCAUUAGUAGAGCGGAGAGGACAUAACGUUAACAUAUGGGGAUAUGUCAUGACAUAUCUCCACCUAUUAGUGUAGGGGUCAUCAAGUUUACGGUUGGGCUUCUGGUUUCUAGCAAGGUCCCUGGCUGAAAAUACACAGAUUUGCUAUUGUGGCAUUCAAAGAGUUAGCACACAUGGCAAAUAUAAUAUGAUUCAGUCUUAUAACUUCUUUACAUGGAGAAUUGAUAGAAUUCUUGAGGAACAUGAUCAUUAGUGUUGAAAUAUCCCCCAGCACUUUACAAUGGGGUUGUAAAGUAAAACAUUAAAUAACUGACAAACAAAUUAAUGUGAACCAGAGGUGAAAGGGUCUUGUUCGAACAGAGUUCAGGAAUGCCGUGACUCCUACUUAAAGACAAAAUUACUCAUUAAUGUAUAGUGAUACAAUCUUAACUUUUUUUUUAGUAAACUGAAAAAAUACCCCAUUAAUAGCCAUUCUGGGAAUAACCAAUAUUAAAGUGCUAUGUAGUGGUUAUGGUGCCAGGAGAGCCCAUUAUCUGCCAGGUACCACUACCAGUCCUGAGAGCUAGGAGUUUCUGUUGGUUUCCUAAGAAAAGGCAUGCAGUGCAAGGCCAGUUCAUUGUCUGGGAAUGUCAGCUGAUCACUCUCGGCCAAUGAGCUAAGCCCUGCACCACCAGGCUUUAAUAGCCCUCCCAACUGUCCUAAGUUUGGUGGGACAGUCCCUAUUUUAGUCCAGCUUGCAGCCAGCUUGGAAACAUACAAUCUUUCUUUUUAGAGCUAACAAUACUAUAUUACGCUCAGACCUCAAACCUGCCAGUAUUUAUUAUGAGACCUGGAAAAGCUGUUCAUAUACCUUAAUAGGCAAAAGGUGGAAAAGCUGGCAAAUUUGGUAUAUUUAAAAAAAUCCUCUGCACAUUCCUAAGCCUGGUAUUUGAUGAAUCAUAUAUAAUGUAUCGCCCCUCUGGCAGCAAUAAACAAUCUCUGUGGGGUUAAAAAAAAAAACUCUGUUCAUUCUUACAUUAAAUCUCUGAUGAAUCUUACGGUCAGCAUCUAGAAAGCUCCUACAGAUAUUCCUAUGAGACAGAAACCACAUCCUGGUCCCCACUUCCUAGACUGUCAGGGUUAUUACAUUUCAAACUGAAGGUCAAAAUAACCGAACUGGAAAAAUAGUCCCAGUCUGCUAUGCUUUUAGUUUGGCCACUUUAACCUUCAAUUUGAAAUUCACUUGGAAUUCCCUGAAAUUCUCGUUUUAGUGAAUAACCCUGCAAAGUGAGAAUUUUUAGGAAUUCAAAUUGAAUUUCAAAUUUUCUACAAAAUAACUAAAAUGGAGCUAUUUCGGUCUUAAAUUUACUUUGAAUCUAUGACAAUUCCCACUUUAGUUAACAACCCUAUUUGUAGGAAACGCUCUAUAGGGCAGUGGUGGGCUUUUGGCAUUCCUCCUUUUGUUGGGGUUUUCGUUUUCAUAAAUCUCAGCCAUUUGGCUAACCUUUGUCACGCCAGCUGGUUUGGUGUUCAGUUUGGUUGUCCAUCAGUGCCAAAACCAAAGUACUGACGGGAGUGUGUUUAUAUACUUUGGGAAACUGCAGUGUGAUGACCCAUCCGGGGCUUAUUUGCUACAUAGUGCUUUGCAAUGCAUUGGAAUUCAGAUCACAAAGUUUUCACUAAAAUAACCCUGCUGUUUUAUAACUGAGUGUGAAAACUUUUUCAAUAUUUUAGCCUACAUUUUGCCAUUUGGUUUACAAUCUGCUGUUUAGCGAUUACACCCCAUGAGACUGACAACAUUAAGCAAGCAUCUGAAUACACAAAUUCUCUUCACAUGCAGAGAAAGAGGCUAGCAUUAUAAAGAGUAUUAACUAGACCACAAACUGUGGCAAAUUAAUAUCUAAACAGCCAACAUUGGGGAAAAAUAGUUGGGAAAAAAAAAUUACUCUUCACCUCAACUAUAGCCACAACUUGACUUAUUUUUUCUUACAUUUUGGCAAUCUGGUUUUAAAUUCAAUACAAAUCUGUGAUAAAUCAAUAAUAAAUCAUUGAUCUGAAUCUCCAAUUAAUUUUAAAUAACUGUUUCAUACAUUUUUUUAAAUUAAACAGAACAACAAAUAAAUUCGGUGCAAUUCGCUUUCAGUGUUAAGUGCACAACUGCACUCAGUCACCAUGGAUUUUCACCAUUCCCCACCUCCAGUCACUGAAUGAGACCCUUUGACAAUACAUCCAGUUAAAUCUGAUGGGUGUAGUUAAAAGAUGCACAUGUAGGGGGCGUGGCUUCCAUGAAGACUGGCUGUGCCUCCUCCCUUAACAUGUAUAGGAGGGGCAGGGGCUGGAUGUACCUUGAGCAGCUGAGCAGGAGCAGACAGGGCAAGCCUGGAUACAGACAGCUGGUAGGAGCAGCCUAGUCUGGGGAUCCUUGAACACAGGAAGGAGCUCUCCUUGAAAGCUGGUGAGGAGCUCCACUUUUCCAUUCUUCUGAAGGCUUUACAAGUCAUUUUGUUGCUUUAUGGGCGCUCCUUGUUCUGAGGCAGCUGUGGUGGAACACAAGUGACCUUGGACAUCCAGCGUGGAACCCCCAGAAUAUACAAUCUAACUGUCUGUGAUUAGUGGGUGGAGAGCCCCCAGUCCCUGCCACCAUGCCGGGGUACGAUUACAAGUUUCUGGAAAAGCUCAGGCGCAAAUUUAUUUGCCCCCUGUGUGGGAAGGCAAUGAGAGAACCUGUCCAGGUCUCCACCUGUGGACACCGCUUUUGUGACACCUGCCUACAGGAGUUCCUCAGGUAAGCACUAGCAGUGGGAGGGGAGAUCACCCAUUCCUAUUGUAAUAAUCAGAUCCCUCCAUAUACCGAGCCCAGUGCUUGUAUUAACUCAGGUGGGGUCACCAUUCCCUGUCUGGAUUAUUUCAAACGGGGAUCAGCACGUAUCCCUCAGCCUAUCACAGGGGGGCAUUCUAAAAAGAGCCUCCUCCCGGCAUUUGCCAAUCCUCCAUGCCUCCAUCUGCAUUUUAAUCCGGUGUUUAGCACACUUACUGUAUUGUUUGUUUCAAAAAGGAACGUUGGAGCCUUUUAUUGUAACAUUUCCGGGCUGAGGGGAGAUGGCUUGCAUUCCACUCUGGCACUGAAAUGGUUACAAUCUGUCCUUCUGUCAUGUUAACUGGGACUUCGGUGUGUCUGUUCUGCAUAUCUGAUUUUAUAUUGAGCAUUCUGGUGCCCCCAUCCCCCCAACCCCAGGGUCCUCCAGGCUGUUCUACUGGUUCAGAUUAAAGGCAGGUUACAUGAAUGUCACCUAUGGCUAGAAGGAAGGCAUGUGAAUGGCUCAGCAGGAGAGGCUUUGUUUUACAUUGUUUCUCAUGUUGUCAGCAAACAGCAGACAGUAACGUGAUUUUGUUUGGAAGCCUAACGUGUCAGUGAGAUGCCCAUCAGUUUGGGGAAAUGGCUGUGAGGGGAGUAAUGCAGGGAAAUAUUAUAGUUUGGGAGCCAAUAACUUAAUCCUUUGUUCAGUUACUGUUACAGACUUUAGGAUUUACAAUGUCCUCAGCACUGCUGCUGCUUGUAAAACUGCCACUGUUUCUCACAGACAUGAACACACACUCACUGUAAAUCAGCCACUACUUCUCAUAGACAGACAUGGACACACACACACUGUAAAUCAGCCACUGCCCCACACACACACACACACACACACACUGUAAAACUGCCACUGUUUCCAUACACAGACAUUGACACACACUCCCAGUGAAACUGCCACUGCUUCCUAUGCAUAUUGUCUGUGUCUAUCCAUCUAUCUAUCUUAUAAAAAAUUUUUUAUUAUUUAAUUCCUGAUAUUGUCAGGUUUUACAAUGUACAGCACACAAACAAACCACCACCACGCUUUUGGAAUAUUCUGGCCACUUCCAACAUAACAUAUCCUUUUCUAGACAUUCUAUAUUGUUCCUUUGUUAGGGAAUUUGUCAUCAUUUUUACCAUUUCUAUUUUGUAAUACACCACCAACACACAGGCCACAUUAAUGAUAUUGCUAUUAUGUAUUUAUUAUUCAAAUUUUGGUUACAGGCAGUUAAAUUGCAUUUUAUGAUUUAGGUAAACCCAAUCGCAAAUGAUCUUAGUGCUAGAUAACAGUCUAGAAACUUACAAUUGCUACCUAGAAUUAUGAGACAGUACAGGUAUAUGACCAUUGAAUUGAAGCAGUUUGAACACUUGACUUGCUGUCUAUGUGAUCACAGAUUGGGGGCAGUAAUGCACCCGGAAAUCUGUUCCUUAAUGUGACAGGGUGUCCUGAGGACAGGUCCAUGGAUUAUUGGGUUAACCUAAAUACCAUGAAAAUGAAUUAUUAAGUACUAGGUAAAUUGAUAACCCUGCAAAGGAAUUCAGAAAUGCUUUUAUGCAGAGAAUAACAAUGAGUUUCGGUAUUGGGCAAACUAGAUUAGACAAUUUUGUUUCUGACCUGUCUUCACAAUCUAUUUUUCUAUUCCUUACCUUGCAUCUGUUUAUUUGCAGUUGUCAAUUGUUAAAAGUACAAGCCCUUUUUCCAUUUCUGUAGUUCGUGUGUGUGGAAUGUUUGCAUCUUUUUAUAAAAAAUAAUAAAAAAAAAAGUUAUUUUCGUCAGUGAUCUUCUCUGCCCUAAAUAAAUUUUUAACAGUACUGAGAACGAACGCUGUAAAUCCUAUUUGGCUCCCAUGACUUAAAAUCAGACGGGCACAAAAAAUAGUAAACAAACCUGAUUACACUUGGCAACAAAAGUAAGACUGUAUGAGUAAUACAACAGCUCUUCUUGAAUUAUGUAGGAGUUAAUGUAUUUCAUAUUGUAAAGACAUACAGGAUAGACAGGUGAGGAAGUUCCUACAUGAUUGUGAAGGCAUAAUCAGGCCUUCCCCUGCUCUCCCCCAUUUAAACUAAAACCUAAUUUAGAUAAUGCAUAGUAAAUGUAGUUUACCCUGCAGUGUCCCUUUAACUGGGAAGCAGUGGGACAGAUUACAUAAUAGUUGCUGUAUUUGUGAAAUCCAUUUUUGGAAUAGAAAGGUGUGGGUCCACUAAAUGAAAUAGAAUGUUAUUUUAUAAUCUCCUUGUUUAUGUGAAGUUAGAACCAUGGUUUUGUGAGUAACAGUUUCAGUGGUAAUAACACAAACACUGGAUACACCCUCACAAAUGCCCCCCAGAAAAAUAACUCGUGGUAAAUGAUGACGGGGAGGAGCACUCUUGAUUUCGUUCUGAUAUCCAGAUUGCUAGGCAUGUUGUAAAUUUUGUCUGUUUUUGAUCUGUGGAAAACAUGUUAUUGAAUGUGCACACAUCAACAGAAAAGAGAUUCUAAUCAGUCUGGGUCUUUUUUUUAUUUUAAUUUUCUUUUGUGCAUGUAAAAGAAUAUAUCUACAUGUGCCUAUUUCACAAAAAUACAGAAACGCAAAUGUUUUGUUGAGAAAAGUAUGGAUUGAAUGGCCCAAAAUUAGUUGAAUCUGUUUACAUGAAAAUAAAUAGUAAUUUUCUAUUCUAGAAAGUGAAAUGCAACACGCGUACAAAAAGUAAAACACGUUCUAUGCUUACAAAAGAAAUUAUUUCUAUCAUUAAUGAAAUGCAAACUUGAUGUGGUUAUGGUGCUAGAAGUGCCCUGGCCUCUCCCAGGUUUAACUGAGUGGCAGUAAGUUGUUCUUAACUACUCUGGGAGGGCACCAGGGCUCUCCUGGCAUUUUAACCACUACAGCAGGCUACUGUGGUGUGUUUCUUUAACCUCCUAACCAAAGUCUGUUGCCAUAAAAAUCCUUUUCUGUGAAGAUCCUUAACCAAACUGGAAUUGCACAUGAUACUCUGUUUGUGGCCCGAAACUUGUAUAUCCUUCAUUAAUGAUGUGCAUCUAAUAUUCUUGUUUGUGCUUGUUCGAUUCUUCAGUUAUUGGUUAUUAUCCCAAAUUGGAAUUUGCACAUUCAAUUAACAAAUGCAGGGCUAUAUGGAGAAGCCAAAGCUAUAUAGCAUAGUCCAUGCUGGCAUAAGGUCAUAAAGGAAAAGAUUAGGACGCCAAAGUGCAUUGUAGACACCAUAAUCACUACAGCAAGCCUCUUGAAGACUUACGCUUACAGUCUACAUAGACGAGCUGGAAACAGAAUGUAAGAAUUUUUCUAGUUACUAAUUUGGCCAAACAUUUGAAGUUUUCUAGUGACCGCCCACUAAUCUGCAUUUUAAACAAUAACCCUGAAGGUUGGCGUGAAAUAAAGUGCGCUAAAGCCUGUAAUACCAUGAAAUGUACAUGUAGACAAAGAUGAGACUAAGAGUCCAGAAACCGAAAAAAAAUUGACCAUUUUAGUUAUUUUGUGAUAUAUAUACCCGUGUUUCUCCGAAAAUAAGACCGGGUCUUAUAUUAAUUUUAGUCACAAAAAACACACUAGGGCUUAUUUUCAGGGUAGGGCUUAUUUAUUUACGGUACCGGUAUGUACAGCUCUUUCUCUUUGCACUCAUCUUGUCUGGGGAUCAAAAUACCGUACUGUCUAAUUAAUCCACCCCCCUCUAAUUAAUCCACCCCCCCCUUUAAUUAAUCCACCCCCUCUAAUUAAUCCAGCCCACCCUUUAAUUAAUUCACCCCCCUCUAAUUAAUCCAGCCCACCCUUUAAUUAAUUCACCCCCCCACCCCCUUUAAUUAAUUCAAAUUAAUCCCAGACAUAAAAUAUCUAGCGGUACUCACAUUUCAAAGAUUCCUUGCCGAGUCCGACCACUGGGAGCCUCACCGCCCGGAAAUGGAUCCUUCCGCUGAAGAUCCGUGAAGGCAGACUGACGGCGCUGCGAAAGGUCGUCAUCACGUUGCGCGAUGCCGCGGCCCGCAACGCUCCUCCCCUCCUCCUCAUACGGUAGAAGAAGGAAGUCUCGCCGGGCCGCAAAGGUGCAAUGCCUAGGUCUUAUUUUCGGGGUAGGGCUUAUAUUGCAGCCCACCCCGAUAAUCCAGCUAGGGCUUAUUUUCGGGGUAGGGUGUAUUUUCGGGGAAACAGGGUAGUAAUUUUACAAUGCUUUUCAAGUAGCUCCACUGUUUCUAUAGCCAGACUUUUUAACACAACCCCUCCUUAAUAUAAGGUCAGUGAUGAUUUACCUGUACUUUCUUAUUAGAGAAAUCAUUAUUCAAAUUGGAUUUUAAGAAUUCUACCUUGAAAUCCCAGCACUAGGUUGUCCAGCAGGCAUGACAACACUUAGUAACCAUGAGCAUUGUUCGAAUAAGGCAGCCAAAUGUUUGUGUGUAUUGAAGAGUGCCAACUAUUUUCAGGCCCUAUGUGUUCUAAUUACUGCUGGCAGUGAAAGGGUUAUGUUCAUUAACUGACCCAUUACUGAUUGUGCUUCUGUUUCACAGCUCUGAUCUCAAGUGCACAGUGCUUGAAGCUGUCUACAGUACUGUAAACUCCUGGUGGGGGUAGGUUUUGCAUUCUUGCCUCUGCAUGGGAUUAAGUUAUUACACAAUUCACUGAGAGCUUCCAAAUGCUGAGUAGCUUUAAAACUGAAAUCGUAUGACCGAGCUUUGCAUUUUUAUGAUCACUGGUAGCAAGCGAAUUAGGAACUAAUAAUGAUAAUUGCUGAGGUUAUAAGACUAAUUACUUAACUGUAUUUUAUUUUGUCCUUGAACUUAUGCCUGAUUAAAAUGCCCAAGCAUUGAAUACUCAAAGGUUGGUGGGGUUCCCACUGGGGUCUACACCGGCACUGUAAACAAGGUGACAAUGUGAGCACUGAUACAUGCACUGGCUAGGUUAUCUCCAUAAACCUGCGAUUUUUGUGAUUGCAACAAUUCUCAUGAAACAUUGAACAGAUCUUAACAAUCCUGACUUGCUUCUAGCUCGUGACUAUCUACAUUAAAUGAAAGUCAGUAUAUCUUUUGCAUAGUGGAUUUAAAAAAUAACCUCCAUUUCACCCAGAGAGUCAUUCAGUUAUAUUAAUUCUGUUUAAACAGUUGCUUUUAUUUAUUACAUGCAUAGUUCUCUUCAUUGUUUGCAGGGAGUUAUCAGUUCAAGUUUUGGUGUACCUUCCAAGAGUCUGUAUUUUGGGCCCAGAUCUUUGGCCCUCUUUUCUAUCUUAAAUGUCCCUCCUUUCUAUGAGCUCCAUAUUGUUGGUGUGUUUGAGUGUAUAACAGAGCUCCACAGCAAUAAUACUCCCAGUAAUGUAUCUUUAAGCUACAAUAAAUGUUUAGAAAGCAAACUGUGUAAAUAAGAUACAUUGUCAUUCUUCCAAAUUGCAGCUUAGUUGCAUAAAUUGUUUGUCGCCUAAAAUCUCUCAGAACAGCCACCCCCCCACUCAUACCGCUACAUUUUAAGUGUCCCUCUUUGUCUAUUUGAAUGGUGGGAGGUAUGCUUUGGUGCCCUGGUCAGUACAUAACAAACACAUGAGUUUAUUUUAAUAUUUGUGCCCUCCUAUUAACCUCCUUGUAGCCCUAUAAUUUUAGUAACCGCAGCAAUUGCUUUUUUAAAGACACUUGGAAAAUGCUGUGUGAAUUAUAUUAAUGAUAUGAAAGCAAUAAACGAGAACCUAUUGAGAUCUCCAGGGCCAAACCAUUUCCUACAGACCUGUAAAUAGGCUCCUAAUAUUGUGAGGCCGUGUGUGUGUGUGUGUGUGUGUGUGUGUGUGUAUAUAUAUAUGUAUAUGUGUGUAUAUGUGUGUGUGUGUGUGUGUGUAUAUGUGUGUGUGUGUGUGUAUGUAUGUGUGUAUAUGUAUAUGUAUAUAUAUAUAUAUAUAUAUAUAUAUAUAUAUAUAUAUAUAUAUCUAUCUAUCUAUAUCUCUCAAUCUAUGGAAGAGGUUGGCGCUGUGUAUACUGUAUGCUCCUCCUUGGAGUUGAAACUCAUGGGUGACAUAGUUGUGAAUAAGUUCACAAAUGUAUCAGUCUACAAGUUAGUGGUCUACAGAGCACUGAAGAUCCCAAGCGCUAUAUCUCUUAAACCUCAAUGAUAGGGUGAUUAUUGCUUAUUAUGACUCCCUUUGGUUGUGGAUAUGUAAUUUCCACUGGAAUGUUGUCUCCGCUCUUAUAAUAGUAACAUUAUUCUGUCUUAUAACAGUAACAUGACAUUUACUCUGGGCCUUUUUGGGAAGAUUGUUUUGAAAUAAGGAAGAAGGAAGGUUUUAAUCUGGACUCUGUGAUCUCUAGUAUCUUCAUGUUAAGUUCCUGGUCUAUCCUGCUCUGUCAUGUUUACAGAAAGCCCUGUCUCUUUCUUUCUUUUGGUUAAAGGGCUUGAAUAGAUUGCCCAUUGAAAGUAAUUCAGGACCAGUUUCACUUUAGUCUCUAGUUUUGUUUAAUGUAAAUUUAGAGAUGACUUCUUCCUGCGCUUUCUAAACUCCUAUUGUAACGUGCAUAGAAUUACCAUGUUUCUGCUCGUGUUCUGUAGCAGAUGGGAAGUAAAUGCACAAUGGACUUUUAAUAUUCAAAUCCUGGACUCCAGCAAACUGAAAAUUCCAGGAACCUUUUGUUAGUCAAACAUUGUCAACGGUUCAUGGUUGUUAUAGUGCACCAACAUCUGGAAGUCUAAUAUCUGCAUUAUACCAUACCAAAUCGCAGUAAUGGCUAAUAUGGCCCAUGCAAGUUGUUUUGGACUAUAUUGAUGCUAGGCUCCGCUAACUGGGCAGCAAAACACAUUAUACAGAGCAAAAACUUGUGUAUAUAUAUUAUUUUUUUUUUUUUAUUAAUGCCAAGCCAUACAUGUUAUGUGUGUAUAUAUUUUUUUUUCUGCAUGUCUAUUUAUGAGAUGAUGUUAUUGCUGUUCAGAAGCCUGUGGUCUGAAAGCAGGGAUUUACAAUAUUUUCCAGGUCAGGUUUCAUAGUUCAUUGGAUAAGCAGGGGAUUGGAAAUAAGUGCUGCAUAGCCAUUUAUUACAGCCCUCCCCCCCACCUGCAUUUGGGCCCUGAUGAACAUCCCCUCUCUAUUCCUGACUUCAUUAAGUGCCACUUGGCUGACACAUAAUGGCUGCUGCACUGGGAAUGACACUGGGUGGAGCUGUAAACACACAAGGACUGGAGGGGAGAGCUACAUAGCCAGCUGGCCCCUCACAUUACAGAUUUAUGCACGUGCCUAUUAAUAACCCCCCCCCCCCCACAGCUCAGCCAAGCCUCACUCUGCACACUUGUCACUCUGAUUAAUGCUUUCCUAGACCGCUUUCUAUGGAUGAUAUUUUGCACAAGGCAAUGGGAAGGGUCUGGGUGGGGGGUAAGGCUGAUAUUGCGCAGGUUCAUUUCAACCUGUAUCAACAAUUUUGUAAACAACCCCAAUCAUAUUGAUUGACAUGGAAUUUACUGUCAGUCACUUCAUAAAAGAAUACUGCUGUGGAGUGUGUGGCCCUGAUUAACAUGCUAUGGGGUCUAAAUAGUGAACUGAAACCCAAAUUGCUGUGACUAUAUAUUUUUACUAAAUCAGACUAAUUUUUUUUUUUUUUUUUUAUAUGGAUGGAAAUAAAAAAUAUUCUCCAAUAUUCCUGUGUUGCUUUCUAGAAACCUCCUGUCUAAUUGCAGAAUAGUCAUAAUUCUAGAAUAUUGACAGCGCUGCCAAAUGAAAUCUGAAUUCACAGUGCAGCCAAUGCAUUUCAGUAUCCCUGACGGUUAAAAUGUUUUAUCUUCUCAUGAAGUUACCAAAGCUAAAACGUGUCCUAUAAAUGCAUAUUUAAAAAAAAAAAAAAAAGUUUGAUUUGCUUGAUCUCCUAUAAUUAUCUAGAACAGUGGCUCCCAAACCAGUCCUUAUGGCCUAACAGUCCAGAAUUUAUGUAUUUCCCUGUUUUAUUCCAAUGGAGAUACUAACAAAACCUGGACUGUUGGUGGGUCUUGAAUACUGGUUUGGGAAACGUUGAUCUAGAAGGAGCACAGUUUGUUAAAUAUGCAUUACUAAAAAUUUGUUGUCACUAGAGUUGCUCCAAUUUCAUCGGAGCCCAUUAAUUUCAGUGUGGGUUCUAUUUUUAGCUGAACUUGCCUCUACAAGUUUCAACUAUGGUUUUCUACACCUUUCAGCCCUGCUUCGAUUAGACCUAGGACUUUGCAUGCUCCCGGCUUGGGUAUUUUGCCAAGUUCAGUUGCAAAACUCAACAGUUGUAGAUUAAUACUAAUCCCAUAAUCCUUGCCCAUGAUGUGGGAAACCAACAACCAACAUGAACAUUGUGCAGGCACAUUUAGACACCUAGAAACGAGUUUUGUUGCAAAACUUUAAAAUUAAAUUUAGCACAAUUUAGACCAAAAUGGUCCAAUUACAAAAAACUGUCUAACUGGAAAAUAGUCACAGCAUUGGCUUUUUUUUUUUGUGUGUGUGUUUGAAAAUGUCUCAGUUUGGUUUUUAGUUAGCUACAAUUCACUGUUUUAAGAAUAAUCCCCUUUUGUGUAGACUUACCUACGCUUACACCUGCCACUUAAAAUUCAGAUUAUGUUUCCAUUAAGACAGCAGCAUUUAAAGGGGAAACAUUCAUUCUUAUGUCUUAUGCAUAUCUGUCGUUUUGUGUGUGUUUAUAUAUAAUAUAUCCAAUAUGAAAAAAUAAGCGCACUCACUGGAUUAAAAAAAUAAUCAAUUUAGUGUAUUUAAAUGUUCACAAAGUAGAUCAACGUUUCGACCUCACAGUCUUUAUCAAGAUAUUCUUGUCUUGUGUAUUUGUCUUUUUGUGUGUGUGUGUGUGUGUGUGUUUACAACUUCUUGUUGUCCUCAAAGUAGGACACAUGCAUAUUUUGUUUUACUAUAUUAAAUCUAAGAAACCUGACCUAUAAACUCAUAUAAUCUCCCCCCUCCCACCCACAUAAAAACCAAAAACAAAUCACUGGAGCAACCACCACGUUGUGUGCAAGUAAUAAUUUUAGAUAGAAUCAGAUAAAGUUGGUAACAAAGUAAGCUUUCUAAAAUAUGUCUGUAUGGAAAAAGAUUAAAGCCAUUUUCUGUGUCCCUUUUUGAGAUGUCUGGAAGCGUUGAAGAUUAACAAUCGCCUGUAAUCUUCAUUUAUUUUUAUAACCAAAGGCCAUCUAAUUAUUGAAUCCAUAAAAACCAAGACAUUACAUAUUACAUUAAACCAUUUCAAACGACAAAGGCCAAAAAUGGGGGAAGGGAGUUAUCUUAAUGUACAGAUAAGUAAUUGUGUAAUCUAAAUAGUACUUUCUCAUUCUGCUACAACUGAAAGGUUUAUUAGAAUCUGUCUACUAAUCUCUUACACCGCCCAUGCCUUCUAACACUCCUUGGCUGUGUGCACUGAGCGUGGGGAGCAAGCCCAGUCUUGUGGGAGAAUAAGAAUUGAGGAACUGAUGCAGGGCCUGCUGUUACCUGUCUAGCUCUCGCUAUAGAACUUGACAUUGAUACACACUGAUGCACAUACAUAGAAUGGGCUUAAUUAUUUGAAAUCAGAUGUAUCCCACAAAUCCCCUAUUUUAUUUUCUUAUAGCUUCACAUCCUGCGGCUUUUGUUAUUUUGUCAAAACCUGUAUACAUUUAUUUUAUUUAUUUUUUUUCAUACAUGCAGUCAUUGGAACACAUGAACAUUGUAACAAUCAGGGGUGUGUUUGUGUGUGUAGAUGUGUAUAAACUUAUUUUCAACAGAAAUUGUAGUGAGCUUAUUAAAACGGACUAUAGGCAGUACAGUGUUACAGUAUUGAAAUGCAGUUUACCAGAACUGGCACAGACAAUAGUAAGGAGGUUAUUGUUUACAUUGCCAAGGCUGCCGUACGUGGGUGACCUCAUUAAGGUGUAUACAGUCACAAAAAGGCACAGAUAGAACCCCUAAAAUGUGGUGGUGUUUUUUUUGUUUUUUUUUGUUUUUUUUUAUCUGUUCCCUGUUCAGACUAACCUCUACCUGGCUGCUAGCCUGCAUCUUCCUUUAAAAAUCUUCUAGAAAUUUAAUUUCUGGAAGCUGGCUGAGAUUCAGUCAGCUAGAAGCCGUGAUUCUCAUAGGGAAUCGUUGCUUUGGGCAUUCCAAGAAAGUGCAGAGAGUGGGUAGCACAAUUAUCUGUGGUUUUCCCUUGUUUGCCUUCUCAUGCCUCUGUCCUCUUUCUUAGACUAGUAUACAGAGCACUUUAAGCCUUGUUCCCCCAGCAGCUGGUGCCGGUGAGAGGAGAGGUGCUGACUUAGUGGAUCUAGCUGUUAUCUCCAGUCUUUAGGAGUCUCUGGGAAAACUGAGUCUUAAAUGAGAGAAAAGUAGAAGCAGGGAAAGGAAAGAAAAGAUGAGAAAUUAUUGAGUGGAAAUAUUCACAAAUAGAGGAUGGAAAAGGAGACUUAGAUGGAAAAUCCCUGUUCCAGUGAAUGUACAGGCGGAAUAGUCUGCUUCCCUGUUUUAAAUAGUGCAAAGUACAAUUUUUGGGGUUGGCUAAAUGGGGGAAAAAAUAAAACAUAUGAAAGGUGUGAUUGGGAGGGAGGGGGGUGGGGGGAGGGAAAGGGUUAGGGAGGAAUAUAUGUCAAUGAUGACUGGUAGUUUCUUCCCCAGCCCACAACAUAUCCAUGUGCUGCAUGGCCACUUACAGUGGUUACUAUCAAACUGUACAUAUGGUGAGUUGGUACCCAGGAUGUCCCUUUAACUUCCAUAAAUCUAUCAUUCCCAUUCAAACACUGUAUAAACAUCUGCUUUGUAGAUGACCGUUGCUUAAAACUCUUAUAUUCUGUGUUAAAUGGUUAAAAUAAAACCACAACAUGCCAGUGAUUGGGACUGUUUGUUUUAUGAUAUGUCUUUUGAGUGAUUCUAGAAUUGCUGUUGAAGUAUAAGUGCUAUAUAACAAUUGCUUUAUAGAUAUCAGUAGUGUUUUGUCAACAACCUGACAUUGUGAGACUUUGAACGUAUAUAGAAUACAUCAAAGAGGGGUCAUAUAGCCAAUGGCGUGAAUGCACAUUGAGCAGGGCCGAUAAGUGAGGUGCCAGUGCCGUAAAUGAUUAAACAGAGUGUAAGUACUGCUAUUAAUUUGUUCUAUGUGAUUCACUAAUUGAUUGAUACUAAACCGGAAUUACCAGUCACAGAUAAUGAAAUAGGUUAUUAGUGCUUGAUGACAUGGCUCUGUUAGUCAUUGUGGCCAUCGAUCUGAAUAAUAUUGUACAUUUAAAUGGAAAAAAUUAAACAAAAAAUCAACACAAUUCCUGGGUCAGAGAGUUUCAACAAAAAUUAGAUCUUGAUAAAGAUCCUCUGGGGGUCGAAGCGUUGACCGGAAGCCAUGAUAUAAUGCCUAUGGCAUUCUAAACUGCAACAUUCCUUUUUCAACUUCAACAGACCUGUGAGUGCAUCCUUUACUUACGUGUGUUCAUAUGUGUGUGUAUGCAUGCCAUCUGCAUAUAGUUUUUGUUUAGAUGCAAAAUUUCAGUAUUGACUCAGUGAGUCAAAUGUGCAAACAUUCCGUUUACUACACCGCUAUAAGAACCUGAUUUAUUAAGCUCAUUGAGAUGAGAUUGGAGGUUUAGAAAAAUAACAUGCAGUCAGAAAUGCGUUACCUCACCAAUGCAUUAAAAAAACCAAUAAAUAUAAAGGUGUAAAAAGACAGUGGUUCCUUUUAACAAUGAAAUCCAACAGCAGCAGGUUAUUUGUACAGGGUAGUUUAAUAACCGUCUCUUGCUUAGCUCGUUUUGCCUAGACUGCAUAUCCUUGCUGUGACAACAGUCUGCCUAGCAACAGAUGGUGAAGUUGUGCUGACAUCUGCUUGCUUGUAGUAGGUGUGAAAAGGCAGAUAGGGUCUUUUUUGUGAAUGAUUGUGUAAAUGGUUCUGGAAACCUAUGUACAUAUUGUAAAAUCCACUAUCGCAUUGUUUGUGUUUGUGUUUUAUUUUAAUUUUAUUUUUUUUGUCUGCAUUUGGAAUGUUGCAGGGUUAUUUUCUUUUUCCUUUUACACUUUUUUUUUUUUAAUUUUUUUUUUUAAAGUCUGUGGGAUGUUUUUUAUUGUUUUUAAAAAGUAAUGUUAAGUGACCUAAACUGCUUUUUAAAGGAGCCAUUCAGGUUAGCGUGCAGACAGCUAAUAUUGUGCUUUUGACAGGGAUGUUCAGUGAGGCAGGAAGUGUAAAGUGAUCUUCACUAUCAUGUUAAUUCUUAUUUGAAACCCCCUAAUGGUCUUCUCGACUCAUUGGUGCCACAUGGUCUGCUUCUCAUUUUUAUAGCAAUAUGUUACCAGCUUUGGGGACUGUGCAGGAGUCAAAGGUGAAGUAUCACUGAAACUGACACGGAUGCAAGAUAUGGUCCAUUUGGCACCAUAAUGAACACGCAAUGUCUCCAGUGUUUAGUACACAUUUCCUUUCAAGAGUCAUGAUUGAAGAAUGCAAGUGAUGAACAUUACAGAUCAUUUAAUGAAUGAACAUUCAAAAUGGAGUUGGUACCACUAACACCUCAAAAUAACUGAAAAGGUUUGACAAGUCAUUAGAUCAAUCUUCUCACUUGUUUUUAGUACUCCUAGUACUUGUCCUGAUUUAAAGGAUGCUGGGUAGGAACUCAGGGGGGAAUAAAUGAAGGAAUGUGAUUGGCUAGAGCAGCUAAUUGCAGCCCAUUGUCUCCUUAAGAGCUGUGUGGGAGAGUCUUUUAAAUCAACACACACACACACACACCGCGUUAACCACGAAAAAUCGAAUUUAAGUGAAAAUGGUAUUACCCUUCACUGUAAUAAUGUAAAAAAACUUUGAACUCUUCUGUGUUCUUACAAAUAGAAUAUCAUAACAAUGAAGUAUCUACAAAAUAAUCCUGAAUGGCUAGUCUCUACCCUGGCUGUGUCUUAAAUGUCUAAAGGAGGUGGGAGCAGGGGAAGUACAGUGACCCCCACUUACCUUUUGAGCUGAGAAGAGAGAAUAUAUUUGUUGGAGUCGGCCAUGAAACCUCCUCUCCCCCAAUAAAUUAUAUUGAUCAACUCAAACAGAGAAACAGGAGAUCAUUGGUUUUUCCACAUCCCUACCGCACAUUGGGGAGAGCAUACUGAUUACUCAAUUAUUUUUAUACUUUGUGUUAUUUUAUGGAGUUGACAGUUACUUUUUGUUUGGCUGCUAAAACAAUUAAAAACAUUUUUAAAAUUUUUUGUUGUUUGUUUUAAAGCUUUAUUGAAUAAAACCGCACAUACAGUACAGUGCUGGAAAAGCUUGAACUGGAAGUUUAUAAUGGCAAAAGUAUAAAGAAUUAGGACAUUUUAGAUAAAUGCCCUAGAUCUUCUUGCUUAGCGACUUGUGCCUCAUUUCAUUUUAAUCACUCAGGUCACCAGACUGGAUUAGAGAUACAAUAAAUAGGUAGCCAGACCAUGUUACAUACUAAACCCCUCCCGACUCCUAUCCCAAAUACAAUAAGACUGCCUUCUUAUCAGAGCACUCUAAGGCUCUAUUCAUUCACCCAUAAUGGAUAUCUCGAGUGAACAAUGGUUUCUUCUUUGACUUUUUGAUAAAAAUGACUUUUAUCCUAAUCCACUACCAACUCAUUUUCAAAGCAAAGUGCUCCUGGCACCUUUUAACUGCAAACAUCCUAGCUGUAUCUCGGCGAUACAAGCUGUCAAGCUUUGGCAGGUAUUGAAGCCUGUGCAUUCUCUUUUGCUGAAAGAGAACAGAAUCUUCUCAUUGUUCUUGUGGCCCUAAAUAACCUCAUUCCUAGGAGUCAUAUGUUUUGGAAAUUUAAAGGUGACUGGAAAGGAAGUCUGUGUGUGUCUGUUUUAUCCCUCAAAAUCACAAUGUAGCACUUUCUCCCACAAAAACAGAGUGCACAAUUCCAUUGCUUGUCUUGGGAAGUAGUGGGAAGAUGUGUGACAUCCGUUUUACUGUUUCAGUUUUGCUUAGUUGUGCUGUUAUGUGCAUGUAAUAAUGAGUGCUUGUCUACUCAUACAACCAUGAGAGCAUGACCAUGGCAGGCUACUGUGAACCUGAGUGCAAUUUAAAUUGACUCUACAAGUAGGCACGUCUCUUGGCAUGCAUAAUGCUGCCAACGGAAUUUUGAAGCCACUGUAGAUUCUUGGGUGUAAUACCCAGCCUUAAGAGUACAUUACAGUGCCUGGUAAUUCUACACUCUCCUGUACCAACCUAUCCCAUGUAAAACUUUUUUUUAUAUGCAUCUAGUUUGCAAAAAAGUUUAAUUAAAAAAAUAAAUAAAUAGAUGGGGAGUAAAACUUUCCUGGUAAAUAUUCGACAGAACCUUGGGAGUUUACAGGCGGGUUGAUCUGUGAGGUCCUUACUCAUAAUUUGCAUAGAACACCAUGUGUGAUCAGGGUUGUGAAAUCUGUUAUUGGCUAUACAUUGUGAGCGGCUGUAAUAAUGUAGGUGGUUUUUAUAGCCUUCACUUGUCACUCUUGUGGUCCUGAAAGUGUACCUAUAGUCUCACAAUGUAAAAUAACGAUUUAUUUAGAUUCCUUUUGUCCGUGUCAAAAUCAAGCCCCAUUAAUAUUCGCUAUCAAAUCAAAUUCACACCUGAAUUAAAUUGGUACUGAUAUGCCAAAAACCAUACCACCGGAUAAGAAACUUGGUUUCAGUUUAUGGUGUUUUUUUCCCCCCCGAUAUAUUCUUACACUGUGCAUACAUAAUAUAAUUUGCAUUUUAUUUUCCAUAGAACGUAUAUCAAACAAUAUCAAAUAUAGCUGCUCACUGCCAUUUAAAUGCAAACUCUGUUGCACACAGCUGUCUUCAUGUAGAAAGCAAGAGAGACUGCUCUGAGGCCCAUGCUUUGCUGUGUGUUUCAGCUGUUCUCUCGCUAUGGUGCCUGGUACAGCUGACACACAAAAGUAUCUGUCUCUUCUAUGACAGCCAUGAUCUGAGGUUUAGUUGGCCAGCUCUGUGAGGGUCUAGAGCAAUCAUUGCUUAGUCUGCCAGGGCUAUAAUAUUUAGGAAGCGGGAUGGUUGCAGUAUGACUCAAGGCAAAUUGCAUUCACAGUUUACUCUGUCAAGACCACAACUUGAUGAGGGACGUUGUUGGUGGCACACAUUCGCCUUUAAUAGGAAAAAUAAAAUAUUAAACUUUCUGCGUGUCUUUUUAUAAAUUGACAAAUUAUACUUUUUAUAGAAUGGAGAACAGAAUAUGCAACCAUUUUAACAUCCAGGUUAUAGGUAAUACAGUGGAAAUCCUCAACUUUCCAUUCUUGAGAAUUAAAGAACAUUAUAAAGUUAGGAAUAUAAACCUGUAUUACUACCGCUAUAGUGCCCCAUUCCUGUUUAGAUGCCCCUCUCCAUAUAUAUAUCAUGGUUUAGUAGAUAUGCCCCCAAAUGAAAACUUGCAUGCAUUUAAUUUUGCAUUUUUUUUUUUCACCCAUUGGUGUUGUAUCUAAAAACAGCUUGCAAAAACAGCAGAUCUUUUGUCUGCGGCCUCCCCUUCUAACUUCACACAGACUUUCUGUGGCUGUCCAAUAACAGACUUUCCAAUGCAGCUCAAUGAGCAAUCUUUGUAAGGCAGGUGCAAUGGGCAAUUGCUGCUACUUGAGUUCUGUGCAACUAAGGCUAAGCUAACCAAACCAGGAAGAAACAGGACCUGAUUUUGCGGUCUGCUUGAAAAGCCAGGGGUGUCUAACAGAGUAAAUUUCUAAAAGUAUAAAUUUCUAUUAAAAUCUGCACUUUUUUGCAAAAUCGUAAAAAAAAAAAAAAAAAAAAAUGCUUUUCAGGCAGCUAAAGUGGUUUAGAGAUCAGGAGUGUCCCUUUUAAAUGACAAGGGCACUGCACCCCAACCACUUCACUGUAUCCCUUUAAUGCAGAAAUAUUAAGUGUUUUUUUUUUUUUGUCUUCUACAAUAACAUUCCUGUCCAUCCAGGAAAGCAAACAUUCUUUUCAGCAAAGUCUAACUUCUCAGUAGGCCUGUUAGUGAGGGCAAAUAUUCUCAGUGUGCACAGUUGGUUAGAACUAGGACGUCACUUUCCGUUGUGUUGGAACUACAGAGAUAAUGUUCUCCAUGAACAUUUUUUUUUUUUAUUUUUUUUUUUUUACGGUUGCUGCUCUUUAAAAGGGAAUUGUUCUUGACAAAUAUGUAUUUGUGAUUCAUAAAAAAAAAAAGUAAAAGUACAAAUCUAUCCUGCAACCAUCUUUGCACCCUGCACAAAGAAAAUAUUCAGAUAAUAAAUUAAACAAUGUUUCUAUUCCUCCUCUUCAUUCGCACUGUUUUUGACCUGGCUUGGUUUUGCCUGAACUGGAUUAUGAUGUAAUAUGCAAGUCUAAAUUUAAAUGGAUCAUUGCUAGAAAAAAAAGCACAAGUUACAGGUGAUUUUUCAAUGUUCUACUCAAUGGCAUACUUUGCAGAGAUGUUACUGUUCCCACUUUUAAUCAAACGGUUUAUCCUUUAAUCAAUUGGUUUUGCUUCCGUUGAUGAUUCUGCAACAUUCGUUUCGAGUGUACAAAGUUCAUCUUCUUAUAGUGACAGCUUGCAAAAUGUUUAUAUACAAAAAGGAGAAAUCUGCCAAUUAUGGAAAAUCUGUUUUAUUCUCCUCUGUCGCCUUCAGCAAAACUGUAAAGAUGAGACCAAUCUAUUACAUCUUCUUUAUUUUUACUCUUUUGAAAGGAAAGAACCGUUGUUGCUAGAACAAAGGUUUUGGAGUUUCCCCUACAUUAAUUUAGUUGGGUGUUAAUGUAAAAAUAAUGCUAAACGAGCAUGGAGAUUAAUGCUCAUAAUUCAUUGUCAAGUGGUUUACUAAACCAUAACAAUCCUACAAAGCAUUAAAUGCCAACAUGCUAUGAUGUAUUUCAUUCUAACCCUGAGGGUUAGAAAGAUUUUUGUGAAAUAUCUUAAUAGUGGUGAAGAGACCAUAUUUUAUGCAAAAGGUUUUUUUUAAUUUUAUUUGUUUUAAGGUGCAGAUGACAUUAACUGAGUUUAAAUCCUAGUUCACAUCCAAAUUUAGUCCUUGCCUCCUCAAGGACAACAGAAAGGUCACAUAUUCAGAACUGUCAUGCACAGUAUUGAAGGAACAUCAGUGUCUACCUGCAAUCCCUCCCUUGCACCCCCCUCCCGGCAAUUGAAGGGUUAAUAAAAAAAACUUUAACACUUAUCUGAUUCCAGUGCUAAACCUUUGGCACUGGCUCCACUUCCUCUGAUGUCAGUGCAGAGAGCAGACCUAAUGUGCAUGCGCAUAGAAUCAAUGCUUUCCUAUGGGGGAUUUGAAGACCCUGGACAUCCUCACGCAAAGAGUCAGGUUGUCCAGUGUCAUUCCACAAAAUCUCCAUAAAACCGCAGGAAGCGCCUCUAAUGGCGUAUUAUUUACUUUUAUUUAUUAUUUAACUUGUAAUGGGGAUAGGGCAUAGAACGUUCGGAAAACAUUCAUGUUUUCUCACUUAGUAAGUGAAUAACUCCGACAGUGAGAUUAUCAUUUUUUUUUAUAUUCUCUAAAAUAUGUCAAAAGUUACUUUAUUAGCCUUUUUGUUCACAUUAAAUCUGUUGAAGCAGAGUGAAGGAGCACAAUUUGUUCAUAUAUACUCCCGGUAAAGCAGAAAUUCUAGUAAUCUUGUUAAAUUUUAGUUUUUGCAGAUGAAACAAAAAAAGCAGGACAAUUUAACUCUUCCCCCCAUCCUCUGCAUUUUGUUUUCUUCACUGUAAAGCCUUACAUGUUAAGUGUAUGCUGUAAUUUCUGCGUAAUUGUUCACAGAUCAGGCUGUAUUAUGUGGUUGGAGAAUGCCUUUCAUUAUAAUUAUUAUGGUUCUAUAAUACCAGCUGCUAUAGAUGAGUGAUUGAUUUGGGUCACAUGCAGCAUUACAAAGUGUGUGUUUAUUUAUUUAUUUCACUAGACUUUAGUUGCCACAAUUCUGAUUUUUGUUUUUGUUCCGUUCAGUAUAUUAUAUUAUUCAUAGUGUGUUUUCAUUUUAUUUAUUUUUGCGAUUCUGCAAAAAUAAAAAUGAAUAAACCUAAAAUUACUUAGAAGUAUGUUAAUCUGAUUUCAAAGACGUUGCAUUCGUAGUGCACAUAAGUACUGAACACCGAUUUUCUGUAUUUAUUUUAUACCGGCCCUGUCAGAUCUAAGGGGUUUAUUUAUUAAACCGUGCAUUAGUCAAUUAAAAAAAUAAAUAAAACAUAUUUGUGAAGUUUGCACAAAAAUAAGCAAGUUAGAAACAUUUUCAAACUGUUGCAUGUUUUAAAAAUUUUAUUUUCAGGUUUUACAAUAUGUGGUUACAAAAAAAAACACAAAAAAGUGUGUGUGUGUGUGUGUGUGUACACAAAGACCCAGGUAUUGAGAGCAAAGUCGAUUGUGGUUGUGCUGAAACACAUACGGGUAGUCCUGAAAAUAAAGAUAUGUAGAUGUCAUUGUAACAUAAUUUAUGUAGUCAUAAAAAUGCAUUUUAUUUUCCUUUUUGAGUGACAGUCCGUGUAAUUUUCCCUUACGAUGAACAUAGAUUUGCAUUGUAAGAAACACUUUGAUGAGACAGGUGUUUUUAAGCAUUGGUUUUGACAGUUUCUGUAAUGAUUACCCAUGGGACUCUCCCUUCCCCCUUCCCCUGUCCCAUCAUGCAGCAGGUGAUUGGCAAAGGGAAGACAUGAACUUGCUAAGUGAAAGUGGGAAUUCCUGAAAUUAAUUCCCAAAGCAUAUUUUUGGGUGGGGAGGGGAACAGCUGCUUGGCACAAAUGUGGAUUUGUACAUUGUAUUGUUUGUUACAUCCUGCAGCCUCUUAUGUUACCAUGCAAUGCUCCUACAAAUGUUUUAAUGUUGUCUCAAGCUAACUUCCCAGAAUCCUCUCUUCCUCCUUUCACUCUUAACUAUUGACGUAUGUGAGUGAGUAGAACAGAUCAAUAAAUGUGUGCAUAUUUUUUGGAGGGGGUGAGGGGUGGUUGUCUUUUAAGAAUACUCUUUGAAAAGGGUAGUUAUUUUGACAUUUUAAAAGCUUCCACUUUGGGCUAAAACUGCAUAUUAUUUAUUAUUAUUAUUAUUUAAAUAUUAUAUUUUAGGGAUUUAAAAAAUAAUUUGGGCACCCUAUAAUAUGUGAAGCUAGCAGUUAAUCAGUUAAGCUGCUUGGUACCCUGCAUCCCAUGCAUUAUUAUUGGGCUAUAAUGUGGAUACACAAAGUGUGACAUUAAAACUACUAAAUUAAACUAAAAAAAGUUGGAAAUAAAAGUGGACUCAUUAUUCUAAAACACACUGAAAAGUCUAAAGAAUACAAUGAAUUGAAGAAAAUGUUCAUUGUAAAUAGUGUCCCUUUACAUCUAAUUCCUAUCUUUUUUUUUUUUUUUAUUAUUUCUUUUUUUUUAAUUUUAUUUCUCUGCCCUUUUGUACCUUUCAUAGAUAAUAGCUGCACUUUAACUUAUCAGAUCAUUGGGGAGUGACAGGACGCAGUACAAGCUUUGUUCAUUCCAGUCCUUGAUUUGUGCGCCCUGUGAACUAUGAGUUUGAUACAGUCAUAGCUUGUGUUUCUCGUCUUGCUGCUAUAAUUUCUGUGGUUUCCUGAGCCCAGCACUCUCUGAUCUCUUGUUUGAGAAUGUUAAAAGAUCAAGAAUCUGUGGCCGUUUAAGAAAGAAUGGAAUGUUUGCGUUAAAGGUACAGUAACAUUUACAUCCUUGUUACUGUGUUUUCGUAAUGCAUAUGGUUGUGGCGUUGUGUGCAUAUUUGCUUUCCUUGCAAAGGAUGAAGUUAAAUAUUAACUUAGUGGAGAGGGUAUUACGGUGACUGGGAGCAGCAGUGUCACAAAGACUGACUAUAAACUCUCUGCUGGAUCCUGUCUGCCUCGCAUUUCACGUUUUUUGUUUCUUUGUAUGCCAAAGCUAGGGAGGGGGUUCAUGAACAAAUUCAAGAAUCUGUGACUAAACUUUCUGAACUGACUUCCUAAUCACUGGCUGACCUCUACAGCCGCAACUUGUGAUGUGCUCUGUGCGUAUUGUAGUAACACAAGAAGGAAAUCACAAAGAGUGUGCCUGUAACUUGUGUGCGUUUAAUGUGACUUCUUUCGUUUGUGCAUUUUGUGGAGUUUUCAGUUUUUCUUGAUAUGACUGUUGACGUGCGUGUUUGUGUGUGUGUGUGUGUGUGUGUGUAUAUCUAUACAUCAAUAUUCUACAUUAGUCGUAACAGUAGGCUGGAUGUUUCAUAAUAGAGUCAGAGCUAAAGGUACUUUUAUAAUGUUGGUCUCGAACUUCAUAUAACACACUACAAGCCAUACCCAUAUCUGGGAAUGGGAGUUUGACCACCUCUAUAGCACUAUUGUUCCACUAGUAGUACGGUAGAAGGAUGAGCAGAGACCCUAGUGCAUAUUAUAUUGCACAGUUAGCUUUCAUUAGUUACAAACCACUUCAAGAAGAGUUCAAAUGGGAUUUUUUUUUCCCUAUAAAGAGGUUUUGUAGAGGCUGGAAAAAAUAAAAUUUCCUUCAGAAAAUGAAAUCCACUAGGAGUAUUAAAUAAAGCAUGUGUAGGCGCAGAACUCGGUAUGGGAAAACACAGUCUUUGUGCAAUAUUUGCAUGUGCAGUAAAGAUGAGGUUAUACGAAGGGAGAGGAAGUUCCAGAACAAAGAUGAUUUACGCGCCAGCUGGCAGGAUGAGUUUUUAACAACAUCUGCAUAUUACGCCAGAUGUGUCUGUAAUUGGGCUCAUACUGAAUGAUUUGUAACAUCAGAAUGCAACGUUUUAGUGUGGAAAGAUCUAAAUGUUCUGAGAACCAUGCUUUAGUGUCUCAUGUAAAAGCAGGUCUAUUCCUUCCUAGGACUUGUCCAAUCCCUUUUUACUAUAAAUAUUAAUCUAGUUGUUGUGUUUUUGUUUUCUUGAAAAUAUGUAGAAUGCCGAUUAGAAAUAUUUAAAAUAUUAGCUUUUGGAAAGUAAUUUGUGUUUGCUUUCAUGUUACUGCAUGCAUAUGUAGGGGUCGUUCAUAAAUAAUAACAAAAAAAUAAUGGGGUAAAAUGUUUGUGUAUAGAUUCCUCUUUAAAAUCUCCCACACAUCUUGUAAUCACGCUAUUAUUGAGUUACAUAUAGGAGUGAAUCCUGUCUCAAAGACCAAAGCAUUAUCUAGCCUCAAAAGAUCUUCCCUCAUCCUUUUCAUGUUUUUUGGAAAGUGGUGAGAGCUGGGUUAUGACCCUAGAUUUGGAUUAUCAAACGCUGUUAUGGCUGACAGAUGCGUUUUCAGAGUAUAUACGGGCGCAUAGCGAAUAGGCUGCUCAUCUGCACACAAUUAAAGGGAUGAUUCUGCCAACUGUUUCCAAGUACCAAAACUGCUCUUAUUAUUAAUUUAUGCACACUCUUUAAAUAUACAGUAGUGUAUACAGUGUUUUCCAGAAGGCACACACAUUUUGUUUAUAUAAAGGCUCCACACGAGUCUUUUAUCUUGACUCAGACCUUCUCAUGUCCUGCCUUGCUGGACUCAUAAAUUUUUUUUUUUUUUUUUUACACUUUUACUUUUUUGACACAACCGACUAGAAUCAAACAGUUCCAUAACACAAUGUGUACAUAGAACGUGCAAAAGCAACCAAUCGCGUGAAAUACAAGAUAACAGAUACAUACAUUACAUGCAGUUAGCCCAGACAAGAAAAUAUUCUGACAAUAAAGAUGUUCCAGUAGCUUUUACGUUGUCCUCUGACAGUGCUGACAUAAAUUCAGUUAGUUGGGCCAAAUGCUAUAAAAAUAAUAAUUUAAACAUUGUCUCUCCGUUUAAUAAUAUAUUUUAUAUUCUAUGAACCAUCUAUGUUGUACAUAUAUUUGUGUGGAAUGUCUCAUUUGUUUUAGAAUGUUACCAAUGGUCCCUGUGAUGUUUAACUUUCCCUAAGUUUAUGUACCAGUGUAUUCUCUUAUCAUAUAUAAGCCUAAGGGGUGUGUAUGUAUGUAUGUAUGUAUGUGUGUAUGUGUAUAUAUAUAUAAUGUCUUUUUGUCUGUGAAAGCCACUCUUCUCUGUGCACCAAGUUUAUAGAUCAUUUUGUUCUUCUUCUGACUGUUUAAGUUGUAUUUGGGACCUACUGAUCAAUAGAACAAUCUUCUCACAGCAGUAAGUGUCAAGUUGUGCAGCAGAAUUGCUCCUAGGAGAAGACUGCUAUAGAGGUUAUUGGUGUGCAGGGAAGAUUCUAGAAUAUAUAUUAAUAAAUAUAAAUAAUGUGCGAUUAAAUUGAGUUUGUUAUUCCAUGCAUUUACUGACCACAUGUAUUACUUUACACUCUUCCGUGACCAUGAAAGAUUCUUGCGGUAUAAGCUUUGAUAAGGAAUUGUCUGUUUUCGAGACAAUCAAGGUUAUAUUUGGAUCAUGAUUUACUUAAGUCUUUCUUUGUUUGUUUUUUUUCUCUUUGCAGUGAGGGAGUAUUUAAAUGUCCAGAGGAUCAACUUCCACUUGACUAUGCCAAGGUACGUGUAACUGUGUCCACUAUGUCCCCUUCAUUGCAUAGAUUAUUAGAUUCUGAUCGUUUUUAUAACCACAAUGGCGCAAACCAUGUAGAAUUGUUCGUAGCCAAAACAAAAUGCUUUGACUAUAAGAAGGUUUUAAAUAAAAGGUCAUUAUUACAACCUGAUCACACACAGUGCUCACGCACUAUUUAAUAUCUGAAAGUCCAAAUGCUAUGGAAAAAGAAUCUGAUAGGAAGAGUCUAUGAAGGUACAGUGUGACCAAAUAGACAAGCUUGCAGCAUUUGCAUUCUGAUAAACAGUUACAAUGUAUGCUAGACAUGCAGUAUAUUCUCAUACUGUAAUUAUGGCAACACGGUCCUUAGUUUGCUAGAACUGGAGCAGUGAUAUCUACCCAUAGGCGUUUUAGGCUAGCUGGGUAUCCUGGGAAAUGUAGUUCACAAACUUGUGAUACCAAUGUUACUGGUAUUUAAGGGAGGUAUGCAAUAUAAUCAGUGGUUUUACCUCUAAGCACAUUUUCUAAACUAGUUUAUCAACCUGGUAUGAUUACUAAACAUACAUGGUGCUGCCUUUCUAAAUUUAGAUUCUUUAAUGCUUGUUCCUUGCUUUUAAUCUUUCUUUUGUCUGAACCUCUACUUUUUUAGUAUGUAUCAUUUUAUACGUCUGUCUGUGUUACUCACUAAAGUGAGAAUUCAAAGUGCGUUUUAUAUUUAAGGUAAAAUACACAAAUUUGAAUGUUCUAAGUCUGCUAUAAUUCAAGUUUGGCUGCUUUGACCUUAAAUGUGAAAUCACACAUCUAUUGCCUACUCAGGUGUGGAAAUUAUGUGCUGGUAAGUGUAGCAGACUCCUCCCAGUGUUUGUGAGGAUCCUUAGUGCUGUUUAAAAGACUUGGCAUAUUAACAGUGACUGCACAUCCUCUGUAGCCAUCAAGAAUGGCAUUUAACAAUAUAGAAGGGCGCUUACUGCUUCAAGCUCUGUAGAGAUUGUAGAAAUGUGCCAGUGAGCCACAAGCCCUCAACGAGAUCAGGCACUGUGCAGGUAUUACUCCAAAUACUGCAACCUACCUGCAUAUCAAAAGAGACAGGCUGUCAUUUGUAGCACAAGUCAUCACGAGUAAGCUUCUCUCUGCUCUUCAUAUCAAAAAAAAAAAAGUAAAAUUAAUCAGAGCAAAGUUAAAGGACCACUAUAGUGCCAGGAAAACCUACUCGUUUUCCUGGCACUAUAGUGCCCUGAGGGUGCCGCCACCCUCAGGGUCCCCCUCCCGCCCGGCUCUGGAAAGGGGUUAAAACUUACCUUUUUCCAGCGCUGGGCGGAGAGCUCUCCUCCUCCGAUCCUCCUUCUCUCCUCCCCGUCGGCUGAAUGCGCACGCGCGGCAAGAGCUGCGCGCGCAUUCAGCCGGUCACAUAGGAAAGCAUUCAUAAUGCUUUCCUAUGGACGCUGGCGUGCUAUCACAGUGAGAAGCACGCAAGUGCCUCUAGCGGCUGUCAAUGAGACAGCCGCUAGAGGAAAUAGGGGAAGGCUUAACCCAUUCACAAACAUAGCAGUUUCUCUGAAACUGCUAUGUUUAUAAAAAAAUGGGUUAACCCUAGCUGGACCUGGCACCCAGACCACUUCAUUAAGCUGAAGUGGUCUGGGUGCCUAGAGUGGUCCUUUAAAUGUGUAUUAGUCUCCUCAGUUUAAAUCAGAGUUCAUAUUACAAUCAGGUACUAUGCGUGAGUCUGUCUAUAUCUUGCUGUUAUUGCAAACAGAUUACGUAAACGAGUGUAGACGUUCUCACUCUGUUUUUGCUCACUAGCUAGGUUUAUUUGUAAAUCUUUUCCAUAUAUAUGUAAAUGCUAAGCCAGAUGUGUUCUGUUUACCAAACACAAAUAGUGCUUGCAAGUUAAAUGGGUUACUUGGUCUUUAUGUAAAAUACUUUCUUGUCCCUCUUCUGUUUGGAGACAUUUAUGUCUGAUCUAUUUGAAGAUCUCUCCUACUGACAUAGCCCCUGGCAGUGCUGGUCAAGGAUUCAGUGCCAAAGAAAACUGCUUCAGAACCACUAUGAACUGAACCCAGGAGACACACUGGCCCUCAACAAAGCCCUUCUGUUCCAGGCGCCUUUUUAAAUGCAACUCCAACAGGACUAAAAAUCAGUCUUUUGUGUCCUGUGCUGAGCCAAACCCAGCACAGACUAGAGAUGUAGCAAAAGUCAUUGAAGGAUUGAGAUGCAUUCGAGAAAAGAGUGAUUGAAGUGAUUGCAGUGGGGGGAGAGGGUGUUUAUAUGCAUACUAGGCCACAGUGUGAAUGGGGACAUUUGAAUGUAUGUCAAGCCAGGUCACCCUAUCUAGUUCAGAGAGGAAGAUGCGAAGAUCUACUGUAUCCUCGACUGUUAAAUCAACAUUCCGCUUACUCUCACCAACGUUCCAUAAUGCACUGCUGCUGAUUAUUCCCAAGGGGAUGGAAUGCUGGCUCACAUUUUUUCCCCCCUUUUUCUAAAUAUGUUAAUCCAUGACAAAUGUGUUCUCUAUUGAGAGAGAUACAGCUGACUUGGCAGCUGUUCUGUGUGACAGGCUGUAUCUGUUCAACAUUGUGAUCUGUUGUUGGCCAUUCUCCACACAACGCAGGUGUGAGCUUCAUUUCCAUAUAAUUGACAAACCGUUUUUAAUCAUUUAUUUAUUAUCAUUAUUCCUUGUUUGUUCACGUGUUCUCUAAUGUUCUAUUUUAAAUAUUCCAUUCUGUGUCUUCUAGAUUUAUCCUGACCGAGACCUGGAGACUCAGGUGCUUGGUUUAUCAAUACGUUGUAUACACAGCGAGGAAGGAUGUCGCUGGAACGGACAGCUAAAGCAACUUCAGGUGAGAAGGCAAGAGAACAUGGUCUGGAGUCUACUGAUAAAUGAAAUAUGGUGCUCUCGUACAAAAUGUUUCAUUAUUUCUCUUUUAAAGAUGCAUACAGGUACUGUCCUAAUGAAGACUCUCUCUCUACCAACAAAUUUAGCACAAUUUAACAGACUGGCGAAUUAUGCAAAUUGCAAUGUUUGGCUGCCAAAAGGCUGUAAUAGCCGUUGUUGUCAUUUAUGAAUAGUUGGAAUUCUGGUGAAUCCAAUGCCUAAUUUAUAGAGUAAAUGUUUUAUUUAUUAAACUUGGAUAAAGCCAGAUUCCAUAAUGUUAUAUCUCUAAUCUACUUCUUUAUACCUAUGUAAACGCACACAAAAACAGGGCACAAAAUUCCCCUAACUUCCUCAAAAUGUGUGUAUUAUUUCAGCACUGGACGGGUAACGCUACAAGCCAAGCCCAGCAUUGCUGUAAUUGGACUAUGUCACUAUGUGGUUCAAGGACUUUACUGCAUCCACGCACGCCUUAACCAUUCAUGUAGAAUACCAGCUUGCUGUGGCAUCUAUAUUAGAAGCAGAAAUGUGAAGUUGCCUUGUCUUGGGUGCCAGAUAUUGCAGCCAGUCCAGAAUAGCCAUACAGAAGGUAUUAAGUUUAAUUUUUUUAUCAUGGAUAGUUUGCAUCAGCUAAAUGAUAGAACGCUGGUUUGAGAAAAUGAUGGAGGUUCUACAGCAGACGCAGCAUUCUAUUUAAGAUCUAGUACUAUCAAGCUCUCAGACUGUUUUAUAAGUCUUGCAGCUUAACAUGCAAAAAAGUAAUAAAACAAUCUAUUCUGUUUCCCCAUGUGCUCCUUUCUUCGUAUCUAUUCGAUCUGCCUGUUGGUUUAUCUAUAUAAAAUAUUGAGUUUGGGUAGGUAUUUAGUAUAUUAUUUAAUUGGAGGUGAAUACGGCCUUACAGUUGUAAUAACAAUAACUAUAUUUUUUGAUCAUUUCUUUUUUGUAUAACUUUUUUUUGUGUGAGGUUAUUGCAAAGAGGAUGGGGUACAGGUAGUGUAUCUAUCAAUACUGUAUGCAAAUAAAAGUGCGUGCACUCUGAGACAUACAAUGCAUUCAAUCUUGCAAUACACAAGCUGACACCAAAAUACAACCGUGCCCAGGUCCACACACAGACCUGUUCUCACGCUGACUCUAUACAAACAAAUACAUCUGUGAAUCACACAAUAACAACAUACAUGCAGUUACAGGAUCUGUGAUAAAUGCAUUAAGACUGCACUCACUUGACUCUGCAUUAAAAAAUAAAACCUUGUAUACAAAAUGCAUGGAGGGAAAAAAAAAUAUAACUUAUGGUAGCCAGUAAGCUUGGUUAGCAACUUUUAGUCCUGCAUGUAUAUAACUAUAAUAAAUGUACUCUCAAUCUGUAGAAGAGACGUCACUGAUCCUUCCCAUUUUACACUUUUUUUUUCUCCAUAGAUUCAUCUCAAUAUUUGUGCCUUUAACGUAAUCCCGUGUCCGAACCGCUGUAGCACCAAACUGAUCCGUCGCGAUUUGCCGGAGCACAUGCAGCACGACUGUCCGAAGCGUAAAGUCCGCUGUGAAUUUUGCGGCAGUGACUUCACCGGGGAGGCUUAUGAGGUGAGGCCUCCUGUAGACUGCUUGUGGACCAGUGAUCCAGCAAGUGCACAAUCUGAUUAUUACGAGUCCUGAAUGUGUUUUUACCCACAGAAUUAUUUCAAAGGUGUAACAUACAUAAUAUAAAGCUCUAAAUGUUCGUUUUUCAACUGCUUGCAUUUUAUCAUGUUUCUAAAAGAUUUUAUUUUAUGAUAAUCUCAUACAGAGGUGUAUUAGCCAAGUACUGCCAAAAUCAAGAACCUAGGACUGAAUUUCCUUCUUGAGUAACAUAAUGUAUCAUAAGUACCUUAAAGCUCUGACCCAGCCCCUCAUAACUCCCUAUAAUAUAUAUGUACAUGUUUUGAGUGACAAGCAUUAGCAGAUGCACACAUUUCUUCCUGUCAUUUGUCCUCAUUCAUUAUGGUUGAUUUUUGAAUUCGAUGUCCUAAUCGUGAGUUUUGCUGUUUCCGCAGGACCACCAGGGCAGCUGUCCCCAGGAAAGCGUGUACUGUGAGAAUAAGUGUGGAGCCAGAAUGAUGAGACGUGUGUUAUCCCAGCAUUCAUUGGCAGAGUGUCCCAAACGUACGCAACCCUGUCCGUACUGCAAUAAGGAAUUUGUCUUCGAUACCAUCCAGGUUAGAACAUGAGGGGCGAAGUGUAAUGGAGGGAUCCAUAAGGAAGUGUUACAGUAGAUGUUAGAGGGAUCAGCUCCUGGCUGAGGAUUGAUGAUCUAUGUAUGUGAAUAACUGUAAACCUGGAAAAUGUUGUGUUUACAUUAACAAUUGAAAAAUAUAGGUUUCCAGUGCCAUUUUUAAGAAGUUACAAGUUGCUUGUAAUUUAGUUGUCCAAUUUUCACCCAGCUAAGCCAAUUGUAUUCAGAGGUGAUCUCAUACCAGUGAGCAGAUAGAUCUCAGUUUACGAAAUUGCAUUGUUUUGAAUGCCCCUUGUGACUAUCGAGUAUGCUGUGCAGCUGCUACUCUGUACAAUAAGAUCAUUUAUCGUUCUGGAGAGGGGAAGCAAAAAAGUUCACGUGAUUAGUUGUUGACUACAUAGUAAAAAGUAUUUAAACACAAAAAAAAUAAUUUCUUUCCAUCUUGCUGCUUGAUCUAGAAUGCCCAGUUCUAUGCUAUGCACUACUUCAUCUAUCUCAGUGAUCUUUACAUUUCCUAAAACUUUAAGAAUUCCAGUUGUCUUCAACAACUAAGGCAUCUUCAGUCAAUUAUUGUUCAUUGUUAAUUUACAGAGUUGUUCAAGGAAUGAGCACCGAGAUUUCAUCAUUGUAGGGUGACCAUGUGAAAUGCCAUGUCAGAGGAGAGUAUCAGUGAUUUAAAUAAUAAUGCAAACAAAAUCCUAUAAAAGGUGUACUCUGUUUAACAUGCAAGUUAAAAGUUAAUGUAGGAUUAGUAAAAAUAGAGAAAUAAUUAAAAAAAUUUCCUAACAAUUUAAAUAAAAGUGGAUGUUCCCUGUAUACUUAGCGUAAACUGAAAUCUGAUUAGUUUAUAAAGAACACAAAAAGCUGAAAACCAAUAGUUUGUUAGAUUUGCAAAAAAUUGUUAGUGUUCUCAAACCAAGUUUUAUCUGUGGUCUGUGCCUUAGGGAUUAUCAGUUAAAACCUGUAAUGUUUGAGUGCCAGCGGUCAGUGGCACUCAAUACUUUUGAACCGUGAGGCUCAUUAUCCAUUACUAGUAUAGAGAGAAUUGAGUUAUAUCAUUUGUACUUUGUCUUGUUGUGAAAAGUCAUUUUGUAUUUGGCAACAACUUUGAGAAUUCCGUGGUCCAUUUGAACACUCUCUACUUUCAUUCCGUAGAGUCAUCAAUAUCAGUGUCCACGAUACCCAAUCACAUGCCCCAACCAGUGUGGCAUGGCCAAUAUUGCCCGAGAAGACCUGAAUGGACACCUGAAGGACAGCUGCAGCUCUGCUUUGGUGCUUUGUCCAUUUAAGGACUCUGGCUGCAAACAUCGAGUGAGUCUUAAAAGAGAAUCUUCUAUGUGCUUGUGUUAAUUACUUUAGAGAGAUUUUUCACGUACAAUGCGUCAAAAGAAUCAUAACUGGUCUCUGAGUUAAAUUAGUAACUUGUAUUACUGGUCGAAAUAACCAUCAAGUAAUAACAAAACAGCUCUUGUUUUACUAACACAUUGUAGAUAAUAACUCUUGAGUUAUUUGUUUUAGGGUUUUGCAAUCUAUUCUGUUACUUUAAAGUGCAGUUUCUCAACUAAAAUAACUGUGGUUACAUGUACAUGAUAGAGUAUUAAAGGUCAGCUACGCUUUUUUAUUUUUGAAAGUGAAUGGGUAAUUACCAUGAAAUGUUAAUAUUGUUGUAAAUAUAAAAUGAACUGUUGAUACAAGCAUCAAAUGCUAUUUGCCCUAUUUCUAAGGUGUAUAAAACCUCCUUCUAUCUCUGCCCUUUUUUUUUUCGUAUGUAGUGUUCAAAGACCAGGAAAUAAUAUUUCACUACUUCUUUCCUAGUGCCCUAAGAUCAGUAUGAGCCGACAUUUGGAGGAGAACAUGAGGUCGCACCUCAGCAUGAUGUCCUCCUUGGUCAGCCGACAAAGACAGGAGAUUCAAGAUUUGAAGAAGCAAGUGGAAGAGCUUUCUGUGAGCAGCGAAGGAGUACUCAUCUGGAAAAUCAGUGACUAUAGCCGCAAAGUGCAAGAGGCCAAGGUCCGGGGAAACUUUGAGUCCUUCAGUCCAGUUUUUUACACACACAGAUAUGGUUAUAAACUCCAAGUCUCAGCAUUUCUAAAUGGCAAUGGCAGCGGUGAAGGAAGCUAUCUUUCGGUGUAUAUUCGAGUACUGCCCGGAGAAUAUGAUAACCUUCUGGAAUGGCCCUUCUCAUAUCGAGUUACCUUUACUUUACUUGACCAAAGUGACCCAUCAUUGUCUAAGCCCCAAAACAUCACAGAAACUUUCAACCCUGACCCAAACUGGAAGAAUUUCCAGAAGCCAAGUGGUUCCCGUAAUUCACUGGAUGAGAGCACUCUUGGGUUUGGAUAUCCCAAAUUUAUAUCUCAUGAGGACAUAAGAAAGCGGAACUAUGUACGUGAUAAUUCAAUAUUUCUUAGAGCAUCUGUAGAGAUCCCUCAGAAGAUCAUUGCUUAAUUAAGUUUUGUUGGGAUAUAGAUGAUUUCAGCCACAUUCUGAACUGGACAUUCCUCAUUCUUGCUAUUGUGUUCUGCACAGGAUAUCUUCACUGAAGAUACUACAUAGUCUACAAAGAGGAGAAAUGUUACACAACACGUAGUGGGAGCGCUUCAAGCAAUUUGAAUGACUGACCAAGUCAACUGUGAACUCGCGUGGAAGGAAGUACUUCUGGGCCAUCCUGGUGUAAUUUGGUGGUAUUUCAAAUUUAAUCUCCAUGUGCCAGGCAUUAUGGGUAGGCUACUCUGCAAGCAAAAGACUAAACAUUCCCAGCUGGCCUUAUGCAUGUAUGAAACACUUUCUAAAUAUCUUUAAAUAAAAAAUUGACUUUUUACGACGAGACUGUGUUAAAUACCAUUAUCUGGUCUCUGUCUUUGUCCAAUGUUGCAUUUCAUUAACUUCUCCGGUGCAAAAGGAAUCUUCACAGCAAUAGGUUGCACUCCGUUCCUGCACUGAAUUUGCAUGGAUUAAUUCAGUAGUAAAAUACUGAGACCGGAAAAUCGAUUUAUACGAAGGCCAAGAGAUCACAGGGAAGAUUGUCCAUGAGAGGAAAAGGCCAUUGAGCAGGUGCUUAAGUAAAGCCAAAGUGUCCAGUCAGAAAAGGACUAUACGAGGUGUGCCCCAAUCCCUAGCAGCAGGGCAGGGGCGAGUCUACCUCAGGGGAAAUUACAUGGUGCUGGGGUGUUGUUCAACUACAUUAAUUUCAUGUUUUUUUUUCUGGGAGAUUCAUAAAUAACUGUUAAAAACCAUGAGCUCUUUGGCUAAAAACAGAUUAGUCUUUUGACAUAACUACACAAAAUGGCCAAAGAACAAAAAAACUAAUGGAACUAUUAUGUGACAAAACUGAAAGUCAUCCUCAGUCGUCUCUUGAAACAGGCAACUAAAUUUAUAUCGUGUGCAGCAUUGUCUCAACAGUAGUUUUCUACACUUUUUUGCAGUUUAUAUACCUUUUUUAUUCCAUUUUUCUAAGUGACACAAUUUGAUGAUAAUAAUGUUCCAGGCUUUGGGCUUUGAUUCAGUUGAUUUUCUUGUCUGAGUUUUUGUACCUGAUCAGUUGUAUAAUGAGAGUGUGUGUAUCAUUUGAGCAUUGUAGCCAUGUUGCAAUUUAGAAUGUCCAUGUACUAAGCUGGCUUGAUGAUGAGAGUUCAAGGAGGGGCUAUCUGAACCAUUCUAGAAACUAGCUUUCUCUUGGCAUAAUAUCAUGGGAGAUCUAGAGAGGCAUUUUUUAUCUUCUUUUUUAUCAGCCCAUUCGGCAUCAUUUGCUGAAAUCAACAAGAGGCCUUUGGAUCUGGGUCACGUUGUUGCAAGAUACUAUGCUCUUUUGCACUAACUAGAUCAAAAUGUGUUGCCUCAACUUAUAAAACUUUUGAUUCAGCACUUCUGAUUAUGCAUUUCUAAACUACGGGGACCAAUUAUCACAAGAAAAAAAAAAAAUAAACAACUAUUUUUCAUUCAAUUUAUAUUUCAUCCAUUCUGCAGUUUAUUACAUAACAGGUCUACUUCCUGUUCAGCAUAAUGAAUAUGGAUAUACAACAUAUUGUUUAAAUGGGCCCUAAGGUGCUCCUCGUUACAUCAGAAGAGGAUGAGGGCAGUUAUUUUGGUUUAGUGGAAACUCUGGUUCUUCAUCAUCUGAAGGUGGAAUUGUAAGCCAACAAGCUGCCAACAAAGACUCUACUUUAAUAAUUGUCUAAUCCCAGGACUUCUGUAUGUUAUUAACUAAGGUGGUCCCAGAGGACAGGCUUAAAAACCAAAACUAACUAUUUUGAUGAUGAUGUAAGUUUAGUUCUCUUUCUUGAAUGCUGUUUGUAUUUUGUUAGAGAUUUACAGUUUACCAUGCCACCAAAACCAAUUUUGCCUCAUCCUGCAUGAUAACUUAAAAAUAAAUGUAACUUUUAACUCAACAGCAUUGCUUAACUUUUUAAAAUGGUUAUCUGAGAGUAUUCCAUGGUUUUACUGUGACUUUGCUGGUAUAGCAGGUUAUCUAUUGACACUCUAAAUGAAAUUACAUUUCCCUUUGAUAUAGGAGUGUCAAAACUCUGCCUACUUUUUCCCAAUUUCUUCCCCAGAAUAGGCAAAUCUCACUCUUGUCUCAGCCUUUGCUUCUUUCAUAGAUCAUACUAGGGUACUAAUUACCAGCCAUGAGUCUUUAAGGCACUGACUAUGAUGAUCGCAUUAUUGGUACUAAAGGGGUUUAAAUAGUCAUUUCUCAGAGAUGUUCUGUGUCAUAGGUGGCACAUUAUCAGGCAUAACUGGCGUGACAUAUCAUGGCGCAUUUAAAAAAAAUAUAUAAUUAAAUUCUCAAGUGUUUUUCAUCAGGAAUAAAAAAAAAACUUAUGGUAGGAGUAACUUUUACAAACACAAUGAUAAAAAUUCAUAACAUUUUUAGUUUUGUAUUUAUUUUUUUAGUUGUAAUUGAAACGUUACUACAAUUAUAAGACAGUCGAGCACAAUGGCAUGGCAUUCAGGGGUCUCUCCUUUCUUACCUUGAAAAUAUGAUACUGCAACGGUACUAAAUUCACUCAGUGAAUGCUGUAUGGAGGACACCUUGAAAAAAUUUUUUAUAAAAACAAAAUAUAGAUUCAUUUUUACUGAUAUGACAUGUUUGUAAGAUAUUGUUUUGAAGUCGCAUUUGAAUGCAGCUUACUUUUUUCACAGUCCCAGUUUAAAACAAAACAAAAAGAAAUACCUGUUCGCCUUAGAAUGCAAUAGCCAACACGUCUCAUGCCAGUCCCGUGGUACCAUUUUAAUGUCCAUAAUUGGCAUGCUUAAGUCCCCCAAGAAAACAGUUCCCUGAUUAUUUGUGCCCUUUCUACACUUACAAAACCAUUUCAUACAAUGUAUUUGAACAGUGGUGAAUUAUUACAAAAAAAUAUUCACCUCCAAAACAGCCUGUAAAUUAUUUAUUGUAUAACCUAUGCUCCACAAUGUGCAUUACAAAACCAGGUGCUCAGUUCUGCAUUUUAGCAGUGUUUUUGUCCUUACCAUUUUGUAGACUGUAUGAAAGAACAGUGUUUCUUAACGAAUUACAAUUUGGACAAUUGCUGUUAAUUUCAAAAAUUUAAAAAUGUAUACAUGUCAGUUCAAAGAAUCAAGUCAACAACAUUUUUGUUGAAUUUGAACAAAAUCUUGCGUUUUCAAAAAUCUACUUUCGGAACAAACGAAAUAAGUAUAUUAAUAUUUGUUAGUGUCUUGUUACUUUCCUUGUCAUUUCGUUAGUGUGUGCAUGGUUUUGAUUUUUUUUUUUACUUUUUAACCCCUUAUCAAUCCUAAAUAUAUAGGUGGCACGUGUGGCAUAAUAGGGCUCGUAUGGUAACUCUGUUUACCAUUAAAUGACUGAUUUUUUUUAUUUUUUUUUAUUUUUUUUGUACUUCCUCUAUGUGCUUUGAACGGUUAAAGCAUUGAUUUAUUUUGUAUGUUACACGUAUACAGGGAAUAAUUCAGGCACUUAUGAUUAAUUUAUUUCAUGAAAUUACGUACUACCAAAUGUGAGUGCUAAAUCACGUCAGAAUAUGCAUCUCUGCUAAAGAAAAUGUAAUGCUUUUUUCUAUAUUUUUCAAGAAGUGUAUUGUGCAUCAGUGGAUGCUGGUCCAAAAGGGUUAUGUGGGGUAACAGAACCUUUUUUUUUUUUUUUUUUGGUUGUUUUGGGUAAAAACAUGUUACAUCUGUAAUGAUUAGCUUUGCUGUUAUUUCACUGCAUUGAUUGACUAUUAAUGCUGGUGCGAGACUAAACGACUAAUCAUGUAAAAAAUUUGUUUUUAAUUGUAUUUAUUUUAUUUUAUAACUUUGUAAUGCCCCAUUCCUGGAUAUAACCAAGAAACAGGGGUGUGGAAAUGCACUCAAUCCCCAUGGUAAUAUGAAUCUGGGUAAAACCAGGCCGGUCCCAGUACCAAGAACCAAAUACUUGAUGAGGCAAAAAUAGAAAGAGGUCCAGGCACUCCAGAGUACAAAAAAGGCAAAUUUAUUGAACCCACUGCCCCUCGCAACGUUUUGACCAGAUCAGUUGACUUGACAAAGACUGUUUAGGCCGAAACGUUGUGAGUGGCGGUGGGUUGAAUACAUUUUGCCUUUUUUGUACUCUGGAGUGCCUGGACCUCUUUCUAUUUUUGCCUUUUUUGGAUAUAGACCCUGCAGACCUGCUUAGUCUGCUCUUAUUGAAGUUCUGACAUUACCAAUUAAGUUUGCAUUUGGCUCCUUAGAUCCUGGAUGCCUGGAGAGGCAGGCCUGCAUAUUUUCCUUUUCUUUAGGCCUGUCAUAUGAGACACACAAGCUGCUUUAAAGAGGUCCAAAUCCACUCCUAAUGCUGUUACCCAAUGAGUACAUGUUUUCUUCUGGUGUUAUACCUUUCAAGCAGUUAGUUGGGAAGCACCUAAUAAGUCAAGGGGCAGAGUUUAUCAUUCCACCAUCUUUAAACCAGCCGCCAGUGCUAUGCAGAUCAGUCCUCUUGCAAGUAAACUAGACAUGGUAAACAAUCUUCCAAAUUCAUCCCAUUAUUUAUUGGGGGUUGGAGAGUCAGAGUUGUGUCAAGACUUUCCAUUCUUUCCAGCAGGACUUGGUGCUUCAUUGCUCUUAACUGGACGACAGCUUGGAAUAUGACUGUAUGGGUCUUUUACUAUAGACUUGCAACAUCUUGGCACUGUUGAGGUUUCUGGGUUUGUAGCAGAAUUACAUAAAGCAUAGUCCAUGAAGAUUUGCAGUAAAGCCUUCUCUGGACCCUUCUUGUUGCAAGCAAUACCAGUCGGUCCUAAAUCUAAAUCUGUAUCUAAAUCUAGGUAUUGGAACACUGUGAUAAACCUGACAUUUGUGAAUGGGUGUUACAUCGGGUGUCAAUUUAUCUUCCUGUCUAAUUAUUUAUUGUCUAAAACUCCUGUUAAAUGAAGAAUUAAUGUAUUCUGUGGGAGGGGUGGCUGAUUGCCUUUAUACUUUUGUAUAAUAAAUCCUCUCGGUAUUGAAAACCUUAA